AUCGCGCCGAGUAGCCGAGUGGUCCGCGCAUGGCCGACUUAAACGAGUGACUUUCGAUUAAGUACGCGAAAAUUCGCUUCGCCCAAUGCCCGAUCGGAUUCGCAAUAAGUUCUCGUUGUAUUCUAUUUAACUUGUGUCAAACCAUGUUUAGUUUAAUUCAUCAUAGGAGGAUCAGUAUAGUUAAGUUUUAGUUUUCUUUAGCUUUAAGUUCGGAUAAUAAUCGUAUUGGAGUAAAUUUUGCCGGCAAAUCUAAUUUCUCGUCGAAAUUCAAGUGCUUUAUUUGGUUAUAUAUAGUUUAUUUAUAGUGCUCGAAAUUAUUCGGUUGACGUCCGCGUCCUGGUUUAAAGUGUGUGUGGAAAAAGUCAUGAUAAACUACAUUGCUGCAAGCUGAAAAAGGCACCAUGCUUACCACCGCGAAGAUGAAACUUCUCUCCUCGUUGGUGGUGUGGAUUGCAGUGACUCUAACACACGUCAAAGGACACGGAGGCGUCGGCUAUGGAACAAGAGGGAGGGAGGUGUUCUUCUUGAACCUCGAAGAUGGCUACUUCGGGUGUCAAGUGAACGAAUCCACGCAAGUCCUCCAACUCUUCGAACUUUCGCGACUCUGCGAUGGCAGGCCAGACUGCUAUCGCGGUACCGACGAACUCGCCAACGAACUGAAAUGCAGUCAUACGUGCGGACUACACAACGGCCAAGUUUGUACUCACGGUGCGUGUUUGGAUUCUCAGUGCCAUUGUAACGACGGUUUUGGAGGCUGCGAUUGUGCAGUUCCAGACGAAAACGAAUGUAAAUUUAGGCCAUGCGACGUAUUCGCUCAUUGUACCAAUACUUUGGGGAGCUUCCAUUGUACGUGUUUUCCGGGUUACACUGGAAAUGGUUUUCACUGCCAAGACAUCGACGAAUGUGCGAACCCUGCGAUAGCGUCUAGGUGUGUGGCAAAUUCGGAAUGUUGCAAUUUACCCGCCCAUUUUUUGUGCAAGUGCAAACCGGGAUUUCACGGAGAUGGGGAGGUCGAAUGCAAAGACAUCGACGAGUGUCAGUUGCCAAAUGCGUGCGGCAUCAACACUGUAUGCAUAAAUCUCCCCGGCAAUUACACGUGUGAUUGUCAACACGGAUAUCAUGGAAACCCUUACAAUGGAUGUGUUGAUAUAAAUGAAUGCGAAUUUCAAGGCUCUUGCGGACCCGGAGCUUUAUGUACGAAUCUACCUGGAGGACAUCAUUGUGAGUGUCCACAAGGAUAUGAAGGUGAUGCGUAUCAUGGAGGCUGUUUCGACAUCAACGAGUGCCUUCUCAAUCCAUGUGGUGCCAAUGCUCUUUGUUUUAAUGAGCCUGGUAAAUAUCGAUGCACCUGUCCUCCAGGGUAUCACGGCGAUCCUCACACAUCUUGCUCAGAUAUCAACGAGUGUACUGCAGCACCAUGUGGGCUUCAUGCCAUUUGCAUUAACACGAAUGGAAGUUACUUUUGUGAGUGCAAACCUGGCUAUACGGGAAAUCCCAAGAAACACUGUCACGACAUCAACGAAUGUGAUCGAUUUAACCAUUGUGGCUUUCAUGCAAAAUGCAUAAACACUCCAGGAGCGUUCGUCUGCAUUUGUCCGUAUGGAUUUGCCAGCCUUGGUCACCAUUUCUGUGAAAGACUCUCAGAACCUGCAGAUCCAUGUAAAGAUGUUCAGUGUGGGAAACAUGCCAUUUGUAAACCAAAAGGUAAAGAAGCAGAAUGCCACUGUGAAGAUGGUUAUCUGUACAACUCCAGCAGCAUUUUGGAUGGUUGUGUUGACCCUUGUCAAACAAUCAGGUGCAAUGCCAAUGCAAUGUGCACUCUAUCAGGGAAUAAAGCAUUGUGUAUCUGCAAGCCUGGAUUUAGUGAUAGUAAGAAAAAUGGCUGUGUUGACAUCAACGAGUGUGCCAGCGGACCAUGCUCAGCCGGUGCUGUUUGUGUGAAUGGAAUUGCCAGCUUCACUUGUCAUUGCCCACGAGGAACAGUUGGUGAGCCUUACAAAGAAGGUUGUACCCAAUCGAAAGCUCAGUCAUUCACAUGCAGUGAUAAUAGUCCUUGCCCAGAUUCGGAGCUUUGCAUUAAAGACCUUUUUUUAGAGGAAAAAGUUUGCAUUUGUCGAGAAGGUUUUUCAAGAAAUUCAACCACCGGAGAAUGUGAAGAUAUUGAUGAAUGCUCAGAUAAUGAAAAUCCUGUUUGCGGAGCUCACGCUUCCUGUAAAAAUUUACUAGGGAACUAUGAUUGUCAGUGCCCAGAAGGAUACAUAGGAAAUCCUUUUGUUUCUUGCCAAGAGUGCAAUUCUACGGAGUGUCAAUGCAAUCCUCCGUACAUGAUCAUCAAAAAUGAAUGCAUUUUGCCAAACUGCAUAGAGGGAAAGUGCUCUGGAGGUGCUGAAUGCAUUACCGUCCAAAAUGUCAGCUACUGUGCUUGCUCAAAAGGAUCUAUAAUGAAUGAAAAUGGAUCUUGUGAAGUCUCAGAUUCAACGGAAAUUGGGAGGGUUUCUGUUGAUUGUCGAGUUACCAAGUGUGGGAUUGGAGCUAUCUGUGUAUUUGUUGGUCCCACCCAUGAGUGUCAGUGUCCACCAAACACUCUUGGAGAUCCCAAAAAAAAAUGCAUUCCAGAAUGCAGCAGUGAUGCCGAUUGCUCGUUUGAUAAAACCUGUACAAAUCAGCAGUGUGUGGACGUUUGCAGUUUCAAAGAUGUUUGUGGUCUCAAUGCCCUUUGUGUUCCCAAAAACCAUAAGCCCCAUUGCUCCUGUCCUCCUUGUUACAAAGGCUCUCCUGAAACAAGUUGUUACCUUGAUUCUAAUUGUACAUCAAAGUCUAGUCAAAAGUGUUCCUUAAAUAAUGAUUGCCCGUCAAAUUUAACAUGUAUAGAUGGUUUUUGUAAAAAUCCAUGCUCUUAUAUAGAUAAUAAAAAUAUUUUAAACUGUACCAAUAAUAAGAAAUGUCACGUUCUAAACCACAGGCCAGUCUGCAUUUGUGAGACGGGUUAUGCUGUUAAUGAAGCGGGAGAUUUGUUUUGUGCUCCUACCAAGCCUGAAUGUCGGAACAAUGAUGACUGUGCAUCAAAUUUAGCGUGUCUCAAAAACAAAUGUGUUGAUCCUUGUCCCUUCAUAGUUUGUGGGAAGAACAAGACAUGUAGUGUGUUUGCCCACAAGCCAGUUUGUAUUUGCGCCAAAGAUUGCCAGCCAUCUACAAUUUCCAUCUGUUUGAGAGAUGCUGGCUGUCCCUCUGAUUUAUCCUGUCGAAAUUACCUUUGUAUUGACCCCUGUAAAAACUUCAGUUGUCCUUCCCAAUCUCCUUGUGCUGUCCAAGACCACAAACCUGUCUGCAAAUUUUGUCCUGUUGGAUAUACUCCUGACCCUAAAUUUGGAUGCGUCAAAGAGUGUUUUCCAAAUUUUAAUGAGACCAUCGAGUCAAAAGUUGGAAGUAUUACUCCUCCAGCCUCAGUAAUCACUGAUUUUCCUCAAUUAUCUAAUGUAAGUACCGACUUGACUACCCAAAAUGAUUUUACAGAUAAACCGAUAACUUCGUCUUCACCCAUUCAAGAGGCAACUUUGCAUUCAACUCUGUCAUCCACUUUCUUCACGAGUAGUACUGAAACUGACGUUACAUCUCCGUCUUUUGAUCUGGAUAGCACCACUUUAAAAAAUGAAGGCAAUUUUGAAAGUACCCUUUCACACUCUUCUACAAUGAAUCCAAAAGGAGACAAUGCUAGUUCUACAAUUGAAACUUUAACCACUUUCAAUGGAAUUUACUCGACCCUUCAUGACAAGGAAGUUACUGAAUCAAUCGGUACAGUUUUUUCAUCUACUGUUACAAUCUCCCCAACUUUACCUGUGACACAAACAACACAUGGUGGCACAAGUACUGGUGAAGCUUCAACAGAUACUAAUAAUAAAAGUUACACAACUUUGUCAGGCAUCGGAUCAACUAUCCAAGAAGAAUUAAUACCUGCCCAGAAGAUUCCAACUAUUCAUCCUGAAAUUACUGUAAUCCCUGAAACACCAGAAAUUGAUAGCAGAGCCUUGGUGAAUGUGAGUUUUCCAACAGAGCCAUCAGUAAACUCUACAGAAAGUGGCUCUGAGAACUUCAUUCCGACAGAGGUACAAACUGAUGGCCCCCAAGAUACUUUAAAACCUAAAACCAAUACUGAUGUGGAUCAUCAUUCAUCAACUAUGCCAUCAUAUUUUGAAGAAACGUCAGUGGGUACGGUACCCUACGAAACGUUCACAAAAUCCUAUUUAGACCCUAAAACAACAAUUAGGAGUGAUCCUAGUACAGAAACUUUAGAUGGAAGUAGUACUCCAAGAUUCUCCUCUGAGUCAGUGACGCCUCAAGGAGCUUUGUCAACCCUGCAUGAGACUGUCGGGAGUGACUUUCCAAUAGCCCAAACAAAGAAUACAAUACCUGAAACUACUACGGAGAAAAAGUUUGAUGGCAGUGAGGAAACAUCCUCCUCCAAGGAAAUUGGUACAUUUGAGGAAACCACUACAUCCCAUUAUACAGGAACAGAAAGUGAAGAGACAAUCUUAGUUAGUAGUACUCCACAACUGAUAGAAGGAAACACCAUAAAUUCAAUUGUAAAUCGAAAACAUACAAUGUUAUUCAACAAAGCAAGGACUGCCACAGAAAGUGAAUUAGGUACCACUACUUACAGAACAACAUUUAAAGACACUGAGAAGGGAAGGACUCUACUUGUACCAGCCGUCACUGACACACCUUCCACUAUUAUUGUUGAUCAUGAAUCUAGCACCGAAGGCAGAUCGACAAAUUAUGAGAGUACGUCUCAUAAAAUACUUCGGACUGGAACGGAACAAACAACGUCAUUUAAUGAAGCUUUUACAGAAAGUGAAUUAGGUACCACUACUAACAGAACAACAUCUAAAGACACUGAAAAGGGAAGCACUCCAGCCAUUUCUGAAACACCUUCCCCCAGUAUUGUUGAUCAUGAAUCUAGCACUGAAGGCAGAUCGACAAAUUAUGAGAAAAGUGAAUUAGGCACCACUACUUACAGAACAACAUCUAAAGACACUGAAAAGGGAAGCACUCCAGCCAUUUCUGAAACACCUUCCACUAUUAUUGUUGAUCAUGAAUUUAGCUCUGAAGGCAGAUCGACAAAUUAUGAGAGUACUUCUCAUAAAAUAUUACAGACAGAAACAGAACAAACAACAUUAUUUAACCGAGCUUUUACAGAAAGUGAAUUAGGUACCACUACUUACAGAACAACAUCUAAAGACUCUGAAAAGGGAAGCACGUUUCUUGAACCAACCGUCACUGAAACACCUCCCCCUAGUAUUGUUGAUCAUGAAUCUAGCACCGAAGGCAGAUCGACAAAUUAUGACAGUACUUCUCAUAAAAUACUUCAGACUGGAACGGAACAAACAACAUUAUUUAAAGAAGCAAGGACUUUAGUCACAAAGUCUCUGUCAUCUAAUACGACUGAACAGUCAACGAGUUUCAAUUUUGACACAACUACUCCCUACAGUGAGUCUUCAUUUGGAGAGGAUGUAGCCAAUUCCACGAAAAAUACUGGUUCAAUACGAACAACGGUUGACAUAAUGAGCACAUCCAGUAGUUUUGUUGAUUUUAAGAAAACAACCUUCGUUGACACAACUGGAGCUCAUGACCUCACAACUACUGUUAGUGGUGAAGAGACGCUCACCUCCUCAUCAUUUCCAAAUUUUGAAUCCCAAACACCAAUUCCAGAAAAAUCUAUUCCAUCUGAUUCGACAGAAACUGAUCUGAUGCCAGCUAUAAAUACAACCCCAGGGCUACAUACAGAUUUGAAAACAUCGCUACAUGAUGCUGUAUCAGUGGGAAGUAAUGAAUUUACAACUUACAGAAUGGAAACAACAUCAACUGGAAAAAUACCAAGUGGUAUUACAAUUCCCCUUGAGAAAACUACAAACUCUGAUUACCCGUCAUCAACAAUUUACAAUGAAUUACCAACUGUGAGUGAGAAGUUAGUCACCGGAGCAACAGAGAAAGCAAAUACUUUGGAAUUUACCACUUUUCCUGCCAAAUUUGCAGAUGCAAUCCCCACUACCGAAUCAUUAACUUCAUUUGUAGGGAACAAAGCUCAAACCAUCAAUCCCACUUAUUCAACCGAGUUAAAUCAAGAAAGAGGGGUAACUGUUAUUAAUGACCCAGAUUCGACGAGGUUUACUGGAAAAAGCCUCGUGACUGAUGAUACAACAAUAAAUGAUAAGUCUUCAACGAAAUCAGUGAUGAAAGCAACAACUUUUGAUGUUGAUAAUCCAACAGGAUUUACAGAAAAAACUUUGACUACAACCGAAAAGUCACAAGAGAGAAUGCUUGAGGUGACCAGUGAUAGUGAUAGUUUUUUGUCGAUGAUUACAGAAAAAGGAGUAACCUCUGGCUAUGGCGCUAGUAUGACAACAUUUUUCACGGAAAAAAUUACAACAAAUUAUGAAAGAUUUACAAUAGCAGAAACCAUGCUAACUACUGAAAGUAAUGUAUUUUUGAGUGAGUCAAUAACAAAAACCAUCAAUCCUACCUCUGAUUUUGGCUCUUUUACGGAUGAAAGUGUUUCAACUGAUGGGAUACCAAAUUUUAAGGGGGGAACGGCGAUUACUGUAAAUGACAUCUCUUCAACUAUGCCCACAGAAAAAGCUCUAAAUUCUAUUACCAACCCUGUCCCAUCAAAAUUCACUGAAAGAACUGCAACAACUGAUAGGUUACACACUGAUAAGGAGAUGGGUUUGAGAACAACAGCAAAUGACUUUACUACCGAUACCACAAGCAAAGCAGCUGAUUCUGCCUUUACAACUACGCCAUCACAAUUCACAGGAAAAUCUUUGUUGACUGAAAGAGCUUUGUCCUCUGAGGGCAUGACGUUAACAGCAAGAGGUGAUGCAUUUUCAACAGAGACAGCAAAUGCAGCCACCAUUCCUGACUUUACGACAACCACCAAAAUAUAUACUCAAGAGAUUCCAGCCACUAAUUUGUUUUUAGAACCUAAUAAGACAGUGACAACGUUCACUGAAGACAGGUUUUCAACAAAUCCAAUAGAUGAAAGAACAACUUCUAAAUAUGAUGCUAACGCUAUUGAAACUACCACAAAUACCAUAUUCACCCAUGUGCCUCCCAUUACCGAGGCAAGGACUGAAAAAACUGAAAGAGAUAGAUCCUUGACGGAGACGGUAAACAAGUUGACAACUCCAGAAUACGAAUUGAAUCAUACAAGUUUUACAGAGGAAACCUUAUCGACUGAGGAGGUUUCCACUUUGAAGGAGGCGACAACACUCAUAUCAAUAAGCGAGAUUAUAAAAGAAACCACGGUGUCUGAAUUUAAUACUAUUCAAAAUAGAUUUACUGAAAAAACGCCGGCUACUCUUAAUUUAGACACAUCAAAAGACUAUUCAGUGACAAACAUGCGUAAGCGCACAACAGAAACUACAGAAAAAACAACAAUUUCUAACUUUGCCUCUGCCGAUCCAACAUUUACGCAGGAAACAACAAGCACUACUCAGGCAUCUACACCUGGAAAGCACUCAGUUACUACGGGAAGUGACAUGAAAACAACAACAUUUCUGGAAACAACAGAGAAAACCACAUCGUCCGAUUUCACUUUUAAUCCGCCUAAGUCUACAAGAGUAAAAUCUACAACUGACGAGUCUUUAACGACAGAGGAGGAUUUUGUAACAGCAAGCAUUACGUACUCAGUAGGGAUAACAGAUGAACUUUCAAUAUCUCAAUCUAGCACUGAACACUCAGGAUUACCUGAAAAUAAGAUAACUGUUGAUGUAGGGUCUACCAUUGAGGAAAAAAUUGUAACAACAGCGAGUGACAAUUUGUUCACAGAACAACCACAAAUCAGAACAACAGUAAAUGAAAAAUCAGAGGUAACAUUUGAUGACACCACUAAGUUACGAUUUACCCAUGAAUUUUUUUCCACUGUUGGAGUAUCCUCUUCUGAAAGUACUGUGGCGACAACAGCAAUUCACCCAUUUUCUACAGACUCAUCAGAAAAAUCAACAACCUCUGAUUUUGAUACUGCUGAACCAAGUUCUACUGAAAAAAUUCCAAUCAUUGAUAGGUCAUCAACAACCGAAGACCAUGUGACAGAAGUAGUUGAAAAAUUGUUAACAGAUCCAACAGAGGUACCAAAAUAUGGUUUUGACCGUACGAAACCCACUGUUCAAACCACUGACCAAUCAUUUACGCAUGAGGGUAGCAUUGAGACAACUGCUAGUAACAUGUUUUCAGUGGAAGCAAAAGAAAGAAAAAUAACAGCCAACAUUGAUGACAUUACUACAAGAACGUCUAUUGAUGAAAUUACAACUAAUUAUAAUCCCGAUCAUAGUCGCACAAAUUAUGAUAGAGAUGUAACUAAUUUUGAAUCAAAAUCAGAUAAAACAACUGUAGGAAUUGAAACUGUAACAGAUAGAAAAACAACAAGUGAUUAUAUCAGUACACUUUCCGGUAUUUCAAAUGGAAAUUCAGGAUCUUUUAAUUUUGAUAAUGAAGUUAAAAAAACAACUCCUCGAUCAGAAACGACAAAGUUUGACUCCUAUUCUGAGGUGACUACUGCAAAAGAGACAGCAGAAUCAUCCAACACAAUAGGACCUCAAAAUACUUACUCCACUCAAUCGUCAACCAAAUUUUUAUCUGAAGCUCCUUCCGUAACAACUUUCGUUGAUAAAACUCUUCAUACAGCAAGUGAAGAUCCAUACUCAAUGACAAAAGUUGUCGAGGAGAUUACUGCCUCUGACUAUGACGCUAUUUCACAUAGCGUAACUCCUCAAUCAGAAACGACAAAGUUUGACUCCUAUUCUGAGGUGACUACUGUAAAAGAGACAACAGAAUCAUCCAACACAAUAGGACCUCAAAAUACUUACUCGACUCAAUCGUCAACCAAAUUUUUAUCUGAAGCUCCUUCCGUAACAACUUUCAUUGAUAAAACUCUUCAUACAGCAAGUGAAGACCCAUACUCAAUGACAAAAGUUGUCAAGGAGACUACUGCCUCUGACUAUGACGCUAUUUCACAUAGUGUAACUGGAGGAACUAUUGUCACCGAUGAGUUACGGUCCAUCAGUGGAAAAGUUACCACUGUUGGCUCUGAUGCAACCUUUGAAUAUACUCCAGAUUUUGGUAGAAAAACUGCCUUUACAACUUAUGGCCCUGCUACAGAAAAAAGUGACAUGACAACAAUGUCACAUGAAAUUACAAUUGAUCGUGAUAUUAAAACUGAGAAAAUAUUUUCUGAUAUGGAUACCAUUUCCACCCAAAAAACACCUUUGUUCACUGAUGCUUUCACGCCAAGUACUGAGACAGAAGCAAUGGAAACUAUAACAACUUCAAUUCCUUCUGGUAGUCCAUCAACUCCUGUCAAGGCAACUCACAUUCCGUCAAUGACAUCCACUCAGAAAACGCUUUCAAGCUCAAGCAUUUUACCGCCAAGUAUUGAGACAGAGUCAUCGGAAACUGCAACACCUACAGUUUCUACUUAUAGUUUGUCAACUUCUGCUAUAGCAACUGACAUUCCAUAUGGUACAUCUUUUGAUGACACUUUGACCUCAAUAAAUGGAAACAGUGUUGUUCAGUUUUCAACUACUAAGGAUCCCAUGCCUGAUCAGGAAGUUACAACUUCAAAACAAUAUCAAAUUUCUGAAAAAACAACGGAAGAAAGAAAGCACAUGAUUGCUACUAAGGAUGUAGCAACGCAUGAUGUAACCCUCUCAAGUUCUGAGAAAAACACACCCCUUCCAAAUUCAGAAGGUGAGGUGAGAAACACAAGUCCCAAGUAUGCCUCUGAUGAAUCAACUUUAGGAGUAGGAACCUUGCCACAAGAGAUCUAUUCAAAAGAAGUAACUGAUGCAACUGAAAAAACGUUCAUUGAAAUGGUUACAACUAGUAUCUAUGAUUUUGUUUUCCCUAGUGACAAAAGUGGAGAGACAUCUAGCACUGAUAAAGUAUCUACUGUUGACAGAGGGGCAUCCACCACUUUAGAACUGGUUCCCGAUACAACAACUGUCUCGUCAGAUAAAAACUUAUUCUCUCACACUGAAAAAACCACCUUUCUCCCAGAAUUUGAAGGAAAAAUCACUACAGCAAACAACAUUGAAUUUACCUCUGACAAAAAUACUGUUGGUUUAGAUUUAAUCUCACCUCAGUUCAACACUGACGGAACAACAGUAGAAGCUAAAACAACUUUCACUAGCGAAAUUACAUCUUCUAGUUCCACGACUGCCAUUUUAAACCCUGACACAGAUCUGAACACUGAAAACACUGAAAGUUCAUCCACCGCAAAAACAACUAUUCUUAUGACAGACCCUCUUCCUCCUUCAACGAGGCAAGAAAUUGUUCACCCUUUUGAAAAAACUUCUCCAACAUCGAAAACAGCACCCACAGCUUAUGACCUAAUAACUGAGACAUCACCGACUCAGGAGGUAUCGACCAAUGUCCCCGAUUUUUAUCAAACGUCAACGGAAAGCUCAUAUCCAAAGUUUGAUUUCCAUGAUAAAUUUAGCACUGGUGAAACAAUUGACCUCAAGAAAACUACUUCUGUGAGUUAUCCUGAGGAAAGCCUUGGACUAGUAACUAAAAGAACUGAAGAAAAAUCGAUCGAUAGGGCAACUUCUUAUGCUACUGACUCUGACUUUGCAAUUACCACUUCUGUAAGCAAAGAGAUGUCCACAUCUUCUUUUAAUGAAAUAAGUAGGAAUGAUGCUGAUACAACUUUGCAGACUGAGAACAUUUUACCUGAAACAACAACUAUUGAUGCAAAAACUAGUGAUCAUGAUAUAAUUUCAACACAAGUUACACAAAUAGAUUCCUCAACGGAUAAAGUGACCUCCCUCAUUUCGAACAUCGCAACAACAAGCAGUACAAGUAAGUUUUUUAAAGAAUCAACAGCUGAGGGGGAGUUUUCUACAACUUACAUCAGUAGGGCGAAAUUACCUGUUACAACUGAUGGUAUCACAAUUGAUAAUGUCGACUUAACAAGUUCGACCACGGAAGAGUAUUUUGGCACUAAAAUGACAGAUGAAAAUAUAACUCCAGCCUCUGACAUAGAAGCAGCCUCAACCUUUGGAACAGAUUUCACCAAAAUUAUCAAUAAAACAAGCAAAGCAGCAGAAAUUCCUGAAACAGUCACAACGUCUGCAACUAGCAUGAAGAGUUGGGAGGAACCUAGCACUGAAAGCAGCUCAACUUUCUAUUUUUCAGACACAACAGCUUCAACAAUUCCUGUUUUUAAUAAAGUUAGCAAAGAAACUUCAACAACAGAAGAGUUGGAAGUCACCACCUUAAACCGUCAAACAAAUGAAAAUUCAUCUACAGAAACAUCAUUUGUCGCAGAUAGUAGUUCUACGACCGAGCGUAUGUCCCAUGAGACAGAAACUUCUUUUCAUGAUGCACAUGAAAAUGUCGCCAACUCAACUGAAACCAGAAAUAUAUUUGCGGAAUGGCCCACAACAAGCAUGGUGGAUGCCUCCGUGAAUGAAACAUCAACUUUUUCCAGUUUGAGUGACAUCACUCACAUGACUGUAGAUAAUAAUAUGACUCAAUUUCCCACCGAGCCACCAUCAAAAGAUGAGCAAUCAACUCCAAUGUUCUUGUAUGAGCCCAUUUCAGGAAAUAACGAAAAUAAUAUACAGACAACCCUGAUAGAAGAAACAAAAAUCACUGAGUCUGAUAUUAUGUCAACAAGCUACAUCAGUCUGGGAACUUCCACCACUCCCAAAGUAUUGACUGAAAAUAAGUUUUUGACUGUUGGCAUCCCUACUGAGCAUGGAAUUUUGAACAAAGGCCAGGAGACAACGGAAAACAGUGAAACUGUUCCCACUUCGCUCCCUGAAACUGACAGGUCUGAGGCUACAUCAAGCAGUACCAACUUUUAUAGAAGUACUAUUAAUCCUAAAAUAACACCAGAGAGGGAGGGAACCUCUGUAACGGCAUCUUUUAGUGAACGCUCAACACUCUUCUCAACGGAAAGUGAAGAGAAAACGACUGCCUCAGUUGAAAUGACCCACAGCACUCCUGUAAGUAGUACCCCUCUUUUUACCGAGAUUCCUGAUGGUACUGUAGAAACUAAAAUAUUCAGUGUUGAGAGCACUUCAGACUUCGAUAAAAUCAAUGAUGGCGAGGUAACAAAAAAAUAUACCUUUGUUGAUUCAGUCACUGUUUCUGAUGAAAGUCCAACAAGCACUUAUUUUCCUCCUACUAAUGGAAAAACACAAGGAAUGAAUGAUUUGUACAGGCCUAACACCGAAAGUGAUGCUACUGUAGGAUUUAGUGAAAAUGGAAAAACUUCAAAUGAAUUUGAGAGGGAAACUGAAAGUGGACCCACAGACUCAACUUUUAGUUUAGUUGAAGGAAAGGUAAUUUUUGAUUCAACAACUACUACGUGGCUAUCAACUAGAACAAGAACUUUUUCUGAACCAGAAACCACAUCCGAGAUUGUUGAUUCAGUGACACAGAACAGAAAAUCUUCUCAUGAGGAAGAGAACUCUUUUAAUACACCUCUUAAUACAGGUAGUGAUCGGACAGUGACUGAAUUUCUUGCUCAUCAAACUACUGCAACACCUAUAUCAACAGUAUCAUUACACCAGGGGACAGUCACUUCUCCAGAAAUAAGGGAAACCAGAAAUACUUUGCCCAAUGAAAUCAUCAUGAAUGAUAAAACAACUAUUCUGACCACUAUAAUUCCCACCACUAAUAAAAUGAACAAUUUCCUAAAUUCACAAACUUUCUUCCCACCCACCUCACAGACAGAAAAGGUAUUGUUUGAAAAUGACAUCUAUCACAAUACAGCAGUUGCUGAUGAGAAAGUUACAGUAACAUCAAAUCUGCAUCAACCCUUUACUACCACCGAAACAGUGUCAAAUGAGGGAACGAAGUUACCCUUCACGAAGACAACUUCAGAUAGUAGCAAUGAAGGCACUACCUCACAUUCCACCGAUGUACCGUCAUUUGGUGUUACAAAUGAAAGCACAGAAAGUGUGAUCACCAAAGUAGCCUUAACUACCGAAUUUGUAUCUAUUGCUCAGUCAGAAUUCACAACGGAAACUCUCUCAGCCACAGAACUUGCAACAACCUUUCCACCAAACACUUCUUUUAUCACGAAUGUAUCAGAAACUCCUUCUUCAGCGACAUUUUCACCCAUCGAUGUUGAUUACCUUAUCUGUGAUACCGAUGCUAGUUGUCCGAAAAAUAAUUUGUGCUUUAAUUCAUAUUGUAUCAACUUGUGUCCAUCAAGUAUGUGCCAUACAUCAGUGAAUAACUGCACUAUAGACGCAGAUAACCAAUUUUGCAUUUGUGCUUCGCCUAGUAAAAAAAAGCCCCCAUUUUUCCCGUGUAAUAUUCAUCCAGCUGUGGGAUGCACAGUUGACGAAGAAUGUGUACACGAUUUGGCCUGUGUGAAUCACCAGUGUCAAAAUCCUUGCCAUAUUACCAAUCCUUGUGCCGGUCAAGAUGUUUGUCAAUGUCAAAAUCAUAUACCAGUCUGUAUAAAAGACCCAAAUCCUGUGAUUAGCUGCAGCCACUGCCCUCCUGGUGCUAAAUGUGAUCCUUAUACUGGAGCAUGCUCAAAAGAAAAUUAUCCUAGCACUAAUAUUAUCACAAAGAUCAAUUCUGGUGAUAACGUAACUGUGAUGUAUUUAGAUAAUGAAAAUUCUACUCAUAGUGAUAAUGAAGUUCCUACAACCAAAGUUUCUGAUUUUGAAAAGACUGAUAAACUAAUCACUGAGGUUCCUCCUGAUGCAGCCGCGACUGUGUUCCCUAGUACCUUAUCAAUUACCGAAAUUAUAAUGUUGAAUUAUAGUAGUUUUAGUACAAUUGGCUCCACAGUAGAGCAAAGCUCUGAGUCAAUUUUUACAGAGCAAAUUUCAUCCAAAACUGCCAAUCCCAAUUUUAUUACUGAUAGAAAAUUAGAUGAAAAAUCUUAUAAUAGUACAACUGUAAAUAUUAGGAAUUAUAUGAAUAAUGAAACCAAUCUAAGUCGAGGAACAACUCCUACCACUUUUAUUGAACUUCCUACUCUCUCACCAAAAAAUGUUAGUUCUACUCAUACCAUUACUGAUUCAGUUACCACCGAAAAUCUUAGCAAAUUAACUGAAAGUAUUGUAUCCGAUGUGUAUAUUGAAGUAAAUGGCACGGCAAGUACCAUUGAAACAAUUGGACUAACCGAAAGUACUAAUCGAAAUGCACUUUUCACUGGAAGCACUUUUGAUAGUACUGUUUCAAUGGAAAAUACUCCAGAAAUGUCAACUACAAGUAUAGGUAUUGGCACAGAAUCAACUGAACAUGAGUCAGUUACCUCAAAUUCAGAAGAGACAACUACAUUCAAUUACAGUUAUACUUUUUCAACUACAGCCGAUCAUGAAUCAUCAUUAUCUUCUGAUCACACUUCACACGCAGUCAGUGCAUCAGAGACUGAAGUUUACUCCACGACACCUGAAGAAACUUUUAGCAUUACACCGUUUGCAUCAACUCCCUUGUCCUCCUCUGUCCACCAAUAUAUUACCGGAAGGACAAUGGUGGAUUACGAGUUUUUCACCAAACCAGAGACUUUUUCAAAUGAACCUGCGACCACCUCUGAUUUACCUGAGACGUCCUUUGUCACUACAGAAUCAGUUUCGCAUGUAUCUGGUUUUACUAAACCUGUCUCUGACCCCGGAACUUCUCCUCCUUUUUUACCCGAUGUAACAACGACCGCCCAAAUGAUCCCAGUAAAGAAUGUGUCCGAUUCUCCUACACAGAAAACUCCUAUCUUUGAAACAACCUCAGCUGUCAUAAAUUCAGUAUCUACAGACAGUGGAGAGGCUACAUCAAUUUUCAAAGAUCUUGUAACCACAACAGAUUCUCAAAUAGUUCCGUCGAUCGCAACAACUUCAACUUUAAAUUAUGAAACUUCCCAGGAUAUCACGGUUACAGGACAUAUAACUGAAAAAGCAUCAACCGAUGAAAGCUCAUAUACUCUUGAAGAAGUCGAAAAAUUCUAUUCAACGUUAAUGCCAGAAACUACCACCGCAUUCAUGUCUGCAACGUCAAGCACCUCUCAAAUUGAGACUGAGACAAGCAUUUCUAGUGACUCGACAACGUCUGUAAUCGUCGACGUUACGACGGGAACAGUUAAAUCAAUUGAUGCCGACUCUUUCACCAGUAACAGCUGGUCACCAACCUCGAUGGUUACCGAAAAGUAUACAGAUAUACCCACCGUUGACGUAACGUCAACUGAUUCUGACUUAAAUUCUACUGAUGCAAACAUUGCACCCUUAAAUCAUACGGCUCCAACCACGCGCUCAGAUGUUGGAUCAACUUCUAAAAGUCCAUCCUUCAGUGAAAAUUUUACGACACUAAAAUAUAGUGACCAUACCUCAGCAGAAGCAACGGUUGAGAAUGAUUCUAUAACCUCACGCACUUCAUCAGAAACUGUAACAGCACCAAAUCUGCUGAAAGACAGAAUUACGACUGCAACGGUAGAGGCGCCAAACCGCACUGAAUCAUCAACUACAAUGGGACAGUCUUUCCUAACGACCACUGAAAACUAUGCAGAUGUUUCCACCGUUGAGUCAACUCCCCUUUAUACCGGUAGUAUAACAUUCAAGUCAAAAUCUCUUUCUGAAACAACUGCAUCAGGCUUUGAGCCGACUGUGACGUACUCGGAGGGAAAUAUGUUAACAUCCGAUGAUGUCACGCUGGCAAUAGAUUCCGGUACAGUUCCAUCGGCAGCGAGCACUGCGUCCUUCGAGGGAAGAACAACCACCAGUUACACUGAUGAAACCAUGGUCACCAAACAAAGCUCCACGUACAGUUCCUCUCCCACGGAAGAAGGCUCAACACUGAAAUUCCCAGACACCGUCAUACCGCAAACUAGUCUUAAAGCCACUGCUUCAACCGCAGUGUCUUCUAAGGACCACGAAACUUCCGAAGCAACCACUUCUCCAGCCAUGACAACGAUUGAAUCUGUUGAAGGGUCAACGGCUGAAGUGGGAUCAGUACAUUCAGAAUUGCCAACCACAGAAGUUGCUCACUACACUUUUGUUACUUCUGCUAAAUCUGCCGAUAAAACCACUUUGAAACCAACUUUUUCCUCUGAAACAACUUCAGCAUCGACGGAUACAGAAGGAACCACGCUAAUAUCCAGUCGGCUGACGACGAUAAAAGACUCAGAAACAACUUCGUUUCAAGAAAGCAUCACCACUGAAUCUAUUGCAACGUUGUCAACUACUUCUCCGAAUCUUCUUACACAACCAACCGUCCUUGUAAUCACAACCACGUCGGCAACGGACGAUGGCUCAAAAGGAACAGGAAUAGCUUAUACUGAGACCACAGCAUUUGCCCCUCAAACCGCAAGAACUGAGACAGAUCAAAUAACCGAACUAACCACUUCACCGGCUGCUAUGACUGCAGCAACGACCGGAAGAUCGAAUGACGAAAGCGAAACCGUAUACGAAGAAUCAUUUGUCACGAUGAUUGACCAAUCCACUGAAACUACCUCUUCAAUUCAUUCCGACAGUGGUUUUACUGAGACUAUUUCCUCCCCUAGAACAAUCGCCGUCACUAAAACAUCGAUGGACGGAAAAGAAACGACUUUGAUUUCUACUGAAGUGUCAACUGCAACCACCGAUCUCUCCAGCACCGUAAAGUCCGAAUUAUCAGAUCAAAACUCACCUCAAACUACUUCUACUCCAAUCGGAGAAGUUUCAACCGUGAAAUACGACGAUACUAGCGGUCUACAAACUUCCACCGAGUAUAUCCCUGGGACUGACGAAACUAUUAAAGAUAAUGCUAACAAAGUGACUAUUUCCGCGGCCUCAGCAACUUCCACUGCGACUGAAAGUUCAAGGGAUGUGAUUGGAAAUACGUAUGCAGGGUCAUCUAUUACGGGCAUCAAAGAAUCGACCAAGAGCACUGCAUCAGUGUCAACCGGCGCCCCUACUUUUGAGACCGUCCCUUCCUCUUCCUCAGUCUUAGCAGUCGGUACUUCAACAUCAACGGCUAACGAAGGAACGACGUUGACAUCCGUUGAACAAUCAACAACACCAGAUUUUGAAACAAGUGUAUUUCAUUCAAGCACGAUGGCAACUUCAACUACCGAAGAAGGCACAAUUCCAAGCAGUUCAUUCCCCUUGGAGGAAUUUUCUACCAUACAAUUCUAUCGCACUGACAUGCCACAAACGACCAUCGAAUCUAUCACUCUGACCGCAAAAACUGAGGUGGAUCUUGUAAAUGAACCUACCUUUCAUCCAGCUUCGGCAACUUCCUCAAAGACCGAAGCUUCAAGAGACGAAAUGGUAACUGAGUAUACCGAAUCAGUGACCCCAAGGAUGAAACUGUCUUCUGAAACUACCUCAUCGAUGUAUUCCAAUGGCGCCAGUUCUGAAACUCCUUCCUUCCUUGAGACAACUCAAAGUCAAACAACAUCGAUGAGUAUUGAGGAAACCACUUUGACUCCGAUUGAACUUACCACUGAGUCAACUGAUUUCCCGAUCACCUUAGAAACCCUAAUUACUGAACAAGUCUCAACUCAAAGAACCACGUAUACUAGGCUAUUUAUGACGGGCGAGGGAGAAUCAGCUCAAACCACUGCAUCAAUGUUUGUUGGCACUACUGUUCCGGCUGCCUCAGCAGUCAAUGCAUCCACAUCAACGGCCAAGGAAGGAAUGACUAUGAAAUACGAGGAAGUAUCAACGGUAACAAAGUUUGAGACGGAUGGUCAUUUUUCGAGCACCGUUCCUACUUCAUCUUCUGAACAAGGUACAAUUCCUACCGGUUCCUUCCCUUCCGAAGUGGGUUCAACCAAAAAACUCGACGGUAUUGAUAUUCCACAGACGCCAAUCGACUCCAUCUCUCCGACUGCAAAAACAGAGCCAUAUUAUGUGACCGAAUCAAGUACUACGCCGGCCGAAGCAAUCUCUACCACCAUUGAAGGAUCAAGGGGUAUGAUCGGAACUUCAUAUGGAGGGUCAUUCACCACGGUCAUAGAAUCAGCUCAUACAACCGCUUCAACUUUUGCCGAUGGCAUUGCUUUUGAGGCAAGCUCUUCCUCUGCCACAACCUUAGCUGUCGAUACUUUAACAUCAACAGCCAAUGAACCAACGACGCUGACAUCUGCUGAUGUCUCCAUGACAACAGACUCGGAAGUAAGUGUAUUACAUUCGAGCACCGUGACAACCUCAUCUACUGAACAAGACACGACUGUAAACAGUUCCCUACCCUCUGAAGUGGGUUCAACCAUAAGAUUCGAUGUUACUGACAGUCCUCAAACAACCGCAGAAUUUACUUCUGAAACCGCUAAAACUGGUACAGAUUACACUCCUGAACCGACUACUACAACAGAAUCGGCAACUUCUACCACCUCUCUGACCGCAAAUACAGAGCCACAUCAUAUGAUCGAAUCGAGUACUACGCCGGCUGAGGCAAUCUUUACCACCGCCGAAGAAUCAAGGGGUGAGAUCGAAACCACGUAUGCAGGAUCGUUUACUACGAACAUCGAAGAAGCAGAUCAAACAACUGCAUCAAAGUUCUCAGACGGCACUACAGUUCAAGCUACUUCUUCCUCUGCAACAACUUUAGCAGUCGAUACUUCAAAAUCAAUCGCCCAUGAGGCAACGACGUUAAUAUCCUCUGAAGUAUCUACGGCAACAGACUUUGAAACAAUUACAUUAGAUUCGAGCACCUUGGCAUCCUCGCCUACUGUUCAAGACCUAACCACAAGAAGUUCGCUUCCCCCCAAAGUGGGUUCGACCAUAAAAUUCUAUGUUACUGACAGCCCUCAAAUAACUGCAGAAUUUACCGCUGAGAACGCCAAAACUGAGGCAGAUCUUGUGGCCAAAUCAACUACCACGCCGGUUUUGGCCUCCUCUCCCACCAUUGAUGAAUCAAGGGAUGAGAUCGGAACUACGUAUGCAGGUUCAUAUAUUACGGAUGUCGAAGAUGCUGCUAAAAGUACUGCAUCAAUUUUUGCCGACGGCGCUACUGGUAAGGCUACUUCUCCCUCUGGAACAACCUUAGCAGUCGAUACUUCAACAUCAACGGUUAAUGAAGCAACGACGUUGACCCCUACCGAACUAUCAACAAGAAAAGAAUUUGAAUUUAGUGUAUUUAAUUCGAGUACCGUGCCAACUUUAUCUACUGAACAAGACACAACUUCUAGCAGUUCAUCCUCCUCCGAAGAAUUUUCCACAAUGAAAUUCGAAGUAACUGACAGUCCGCUAAGAACCACAGAAUUUACCGCUCAAACUACAAAAACUGAGAUACACCACUCCGCUGAAACAACUACCAUGCCAGUUUCGGCAACCUAUACCACCAUUGAAAAAUCAAGGGAUGAAAUCAGAACCACGUAUGCGGAAUCAUUUACUACGGGCUUCAAAGAGGCAGCUCAAACUACGGCUUCAAUGUUUGCUGACGGCAAUACUGAACAAGAUACAACUCCUAGCAGUUCGUUCCCCACCGAAGAAUUUUCCACCUUAAAAUUUGAUGGCACUGACAUUCCAAAAACGUCCGUCAAAUCCAUCCUUUUGACCGCAGAAACAGAGGCACAUCAUGUAGUCGAAUCCAGUACUACGCCAGCUCAGGCAAUCCCUACCACCGUUGAAAAAUCAAGAGAUGAGAUCAGAACCACUUACUCAGGAUCGUUUACUACGAGCAUCGAAGAGGCAGAUCAAGCAACCGCAUCGGUGUUUGCUGACGGCACAACUGUUGAGUCCACUUCUGCCUCUGCAACAACUAUGUCCGUUGAUACAUCAACAUCAACGGCGAAUACAGCAACGAAGUCGACACCCACCGAACCAUCAACGGAAAAAGAUCUAGGCACAAGCUUAUAUCAUUCAAGCACCCUUGCAACCUUACCCACUGAACAAGACACAACUUUUAGCAGUUCAUCCUCCUCCGAAGAAUUGACCACCAUGAAAUUAGAUGGCACAGACUUUCCACAAACAACAAACGAAGCCACCUCUCCCACUACAAGAAGUGAGGUAGAUCGUAUAACCGAAUCAAGCACUACGUCGACUAUGGCAACCUCUACCACCAUUGAAGAAUCAAGGGAUGAGAUCGGAACUUCGUAUCCAGGGUCGUUUACUACAGCUGUCGAAGAAGAUGCUCAAAGUACCAUAUCAAUGUUUGCCGACGGUUCUACUGGUAAGACUACUUCUCCCUCUAGAACAACCUUAGAAGUCGAUAUCUCAACAUCAAUAGUUAAUGAAGCAACGACGUUGACCCCUACCGAACUAUCAACGGGAAAAGAAUUUACCGUGCCAACCUCAUUCACUGAACAAGGCCCAACUUUAAGCACCUCGUACCCCUUCGAAGCGGGUUCAACCGUAAAAUAUGACGAUGGUGACUCUCGGCAAACGACUAUUGAAUCCAUUUUACUAACUGGUAAAACUGAGGCGGCCACGUCUACAGUACGGGAAGGAUCAAUUUAUGAAGCAGGUACUAUUAAUUCAGAAUCAUUUACCACUAAAAUAGGAUUGACAACACCACAUACCUCUUCUAAGUCAAUAGAGGGCACCACUUUGGAGACUACCACCUCAUUUGGAACAGCUUUUGCAGGAAGCACCUCAAUAUGGCCGGACAAAGAAGGAACGAUGUCAACUUACGCUGAGCUAACCACGUUAACAGAUCUUGAAACCAGCGUGUUUCAUUCGAGCACCGUGCCGACCUUAUCUACUCAACAAGGACAAACUGGAAGCACUUUGUUCCCCUCCGAAGUUGGUUCAACCAUAAAAUUCGUUGGUACUGACGGUACAGAAACAACCCCAGAAACUGAGGCAGAUCAUACAGCCGAGCCAACCACCACGCGUGUCUUGCCCACUACUACGUUAGUAGAAGGAUCAAAAGAUGAGGCAGAUACUACCAAUGCUAAAUCACUUACCCCUGAAAUGAGAUUGACAACACCUUCUCCCACUUCCAAGUCAACAGAGGGAACCACUUUCGACACUCCUACCUCCUAUGAAACAACUGAUGCAGGAAGUACCUCAACAUUGUCGAACAAGGACGGAACCAUGUCGACCGUCGCUGAGCUUACAACGGUAACGGAUCUUGAAACCACCGUAUUCAUUUCGAGCACCGUGCCAACCUUAUCUACUGAACAAGGCCCAACUUUAAGCACUUCGUUCCCCUCCGAAGUUGGUUCAACCAUAAAAUUUGAUAGCGCUGACAGUUCUGAAUCAACCACGGAGUUCACUGCUCAAACUGCAAAAACUACCACAGAAUUCGUAACCGAACCGACUUCUACGUCUGCUUUUGUAACUUCCACAUCACCUCAAGGAUCAAGAGAUAAUAUCGGAAUCACGGAUGUAGAAUCAUCAACCGUGGAGAUUGAACAGUCAACGCCCAUAUCCACUGCUAGAUUUGCGGAAGGAACCACUUUCGAGACAUCGCCUCCCUCCGGGAUAACUAUACCAGAAGGUGGCUCAACAUCAAGGGACGGAGAAGGACUGGGUUCGACUUUUAGUGAACUCACGACUACGAUGGCCCAUCUUCCAAGCACAGUGGCAACCUUAUUUACUGAAGAAGGCUCAACCAGAAGCCCUUCAUUCCCCUUCGAAGGUGGUUCAACCAUAAAAUUCGAUACCACUGAGAGUUCUGAAUCAAACACAGAGUUCACUACUGGAACCGAACCAACUGCUAAAGAUUACGUAACCGAACAAACUUCUACGUCAACUUUCGCAACUUCUACGUCAGUUGAAGGGUCACGGGAUAAUAUCGGAACAACGUUUGUCGAAUCAUUAACCACAGAGAGUGGGCCGCCAUCUCUUACAACCACUUUCGAGACAUCGCCUACAUUUGGGAUAACUGUAGGAAAAGGUGGCACAACAUCGAAGGACGGAGAAGGACUGGGUUCGACUCUUAGUGAACUUACGACUACGACGGCCCAUCCUCCUAGCACAGUGGCGACCUUAUUUACCGAAGAAGGCUCAACCGGAAGCACUUCAUUCCCCUCCGAAGGUGGUUCAACCAAAUCAUUUGAUAGCACUGAGAGUUCUGAGUCAACUACAGAGUUCACUACUGGAACCGAACCAACUGCUAAAGAUUACGUAACCGAACAAACUUCUACGUCAACUUUCGCAACUUCUACGUCAGUUGAAGGGUCACGGGAUAAUAUCGGAACAACGUUUGUCGAAUCAUUAACCACAGAGAGUGGGCCGCCAUCUCUUACAACCACUUUCGAGACAUCGCCUACAUUUGGGAUAACUGUAGGAAAAGGUGGCUCAACAUCGAAGGACGGAGAAGGACUGGGUUCGACUCUUAGUGAACUUACGACUACGACGGCCCAUCCUCCUAGCACAGUGGCGACCUUAUUUACCGAAGAAGGCUCAACCGGAAGCACUUCAUUCCCCUCCGAAGGUGGUUCAACCAAAUCAUUUGAUAGCACUGAGAGUUCUGAGUCAACUACAGAGUUCACUACUCAAACCGCAAAAACUACUACAGAUGACGUAACCGAACCUACUUUUACGUCUACUUUUGCAACUUCUACGCCAGUUGACGGAUCAAGAGAAAAUAUAGGAACAACGGAUCUAGAAUCUUCAACCGUAGAUAUUGAACAGUCAACGCCUACAACCACUGCUGGAUUUGCGGACGGAUCCACUUUCGAGACAUCGCCUACCGCCGGUUUAACUGUAACAGAAGGUGGCUCAACGUCAAGGGACGGAGAAGGACUGGGUUCGACUUUUAGUGAAUUCACGAGUAUGACGGCCCAUCCUCCAAGCACAGUGGCGACCUUAUUUACAGAAGAAGGCUCAACCAGAAGCACUUCAUUCCCCUCCGAAGGUGGUUCAACAUUAAAAUUUGAUAGCACUGAGAUUUCUGAAUCAACUACAGAGUUCACUACUCAAACCGCUAAAACUACUACAGAUUACGUAACCGAACCAACAACUACAGAUGAUGUAACCGAACCAACUACUACAGAUUACGUAAUCGAACAAACUUCUACGUCAGUUGAGGGAUCACAGGAUAAUAUCGGAACAACGUUUGCCGAAUCAUUAACCACAGAGAGUGGACCGGCAUCUCUUAUAACCACUUUCGAGACAUCGCCUACCGCCGGUUUAACUGUAACAGAAGGUGGCUCAACGUCAAGGGACGGAGAAGGACUGGGUUCGACUUUUAGUGAAUUCACGAGUACGACGGCCCAUCCUCCAAGCACAGUGACAACCUUAUUUACCGAAGAAGGCUCAACCAGAAGCACUUCCUUCCCCUGCGAAGGUCUUUCAACCAUAAAAUAUACCGAUGGUGACUUUUCACAAACGACUGUUGAAUCCAUUCCUCUGUCUAGAAAAACUGAAGCGGAUCAUACAACCGAACCAACUACUACGCAGGCUUUGGCCACCUCCACAGUACUGGAAGGAUCAACUUAUGAGGCAGGUAUCAACAAAGAAUCAUAUACCACUGAAAUAGGAUUGACAACACCUUCUCUCACUCCCAAGCCAACAGAGGGAACCUUUUUCGAGACUCCCACCUCCUAUGAAACAACUGAUGCAGGAAGUACUUCAACAUUGUCGGACAAGGAAGGAACGAUGUCGACCGCAGCUGAGCUUACAACGGUAACGGAUCUUGAAACGACUGUAUUUAUUUCGAGCACCCCGCCAACCUUAUUUACAGAAGGAGGCUCAACCAGAAGCACUUCAUUCCCCUCCGAAGGUGGCUCAACCAUAAAAUUUGAUAGCACUGAGAGUUCUGAAUCAACCACAGAGUUCACUACUCAAACCGCAAAAACUACUACAGAUUAUGUAACCGAACCUUCUUCCACGUCUGCUUUUGCAACUUCUACGUCAGUUGAGGGAUCAAAAGAUAAUAUAGUAACAACGGAUGUAGAAUCAUCAACCGUAGAUAUUGAACAGUCAACGCCUACAACCACUGCUGGAUUUGCGGACGGAUCCACUUUCGAGACAUCGCCUACCGCCGGUUUAACUGUAACAGAAGGUGGCUCAACGUCAAGGGACGGAGAAGGACUGGGUUCGACUUUUAGUGAAUUCACGAGUACGACGGCCCGUCCUCCAAGCACAGUGGCGACCUUAUUUACCGAAGAAGGCUCAACCGGAAGCACUUCAUUCUCCUCCGAAGGUGGUUCAACAUUAAAAUUUGAUAGCACUGAGAGUUCAGAGUCAACUACAGAGUUCACUACUCAAACCGCAAAAACUACUACAGAUGACAUAACCGAACCUUCGUCCACGUCUACUUUUGCAACUUCGACGUCAGUUGAGGGAUCACGGGAUAAUAUCGGAACAACGUUUGCCGAAUCAUUAACCACAGAGAGUGGGCCGCCAUCUCUUACAACAACUUUCGAGACAUCGCCUGCCUUCGGAAUAACUGUAACAGAAGGUAGUCCAACAGCAAGGGAUGGAGAAGGAACGAGUUCUACUUUUAGUGAAGUCACAACUGAGACAGCCUAUCCUCCAAGCACCGUGGCAACCUCAGUCACUGAUGAAGGUUCAACUCAAAGCUAUGUAUCCCCAACUGAAAUGGUUUCAACUGUAGAAUUUGAUGAAACUAACAUCACAGAAAUUUCCACUGAAUCUUUUUCUCAGACCACCUCACCAUACUCUGAGCAUGUGACUGAACAAACCAGCCCGCAGCCUAUGACAACUUUUAUAACUAGUGGGGGAUCUGGAGAUGAAGCCAGAGUGACUCAGACGGAACCAUUUACCACGGAGAUUGAAAUGUCAACUGUCGCCACCUCAACAAGGCAUACUGAUGGCAGUACUUUUGAGACAGCUUCAUCCUCUGGGACAACCGUAGUAUCCGGUACUUCCACCUUGAUGAAUGAAGGAGAAACGACGUUGACAGCUAGUGAAGUAACGACGGCAUUAGAUCAUGAAACAACUGUAUCUCUUACAAACACAAUGGAAACCUCGUUUACUGAACGAAUCUCAACUCAUAGCAGUCCAUACCCCACCGAAGAGGUUUCAACCCUAAAAUUUGAGAGCACUGAUAUUCCUCAUACGACCGCCGAGUCCAUUCCUGUAACCGGCAAAACUUUUGCCGACCACGUAACUGAAUCAACUACAUCUAUUACUUUAGUAACUUCUGCAACGACUGAAGGGUCAAGAGAUGAUGUAGGAACUCCAGCUACCACAUCAACGUUUACCGACAGCACUACUUUUGAGACGACCUCCUUCUCUGAACACCCCUCUUCUCUCGGAACAACCUCGGUCGUUGGUACUUCAACAUGGAUUGAUAGAGAAGAAUUCAGCACUGAUAAUCCACAAAGUACCUCUGAAUCUAUUCCUCCAACAGACAAAACUUCAACAGAGUUUGUAACAGAAACAACUGUGCCCGCGACCAUGACAACAUAUAAAAAUGACGGAGGAGUGAAAGAUGACGCCAGGACAACGUAUGGAGAAUUGUCAACCAGAGAUGAUGAACAAGUAACUUCAACUACGAGUUCCAAGUUUACUGUUGGCACUACUGUUGAAACAACAACUGUCCCUAGAACAACUGUAGCGGUCGAUGCUUCAACAUUAACGGAUACGGAAGGAACCAUGUCAACAUCUAGUGAACUAACGAUGGCAACAGAUUUUGAAUCAACCGUUGCUCUUACGAGCACCACUGAAGCAUCUGCUACCGAACAAGGCUCAACCAAUAUGAAUACGGAAGUUACUACAUCGAAAUUCCGUGUCACUGUCAUGCCGCAAAGUACCACUGAAGCCAUUACCACAACUUCCAACACUGGAGAACCUGAUAAUGCCUCUUCUACAACACUUAACCCCAUUGUGAAUGGAAGUACCAUACCACUAGCUCAAACGACAACUUCAUUUUACACAGAAACUAUUACUUCCACCGCCCCAACCGAGACCACCAUUGAUAACGAUGUUUUUUCAAGUACAACCUAUUUUACUGAUGCCACGUUUUCAGUCACUGACCGUACUGAAAGUACAACAUUUGAGGAUCGUAUUUCAGGAGGAACUACAGUGAUAGGUUCACAUUCAGUCACAGCUGAUUAUAAAACAACAGAAUCCGUAUAUCAGCUUGAAACAUCUACUUUUCCUCAAAAUUCUUUCACGCCCUCUGAAACUUCUUUGAAACCUUUUGAUACUUCAUCAAAAACAACAGAAAGUAUAACAGAUUCUAUGGUUAAAGAAUUAAUUGUAACAUCUAAGCCAAUUGUAAUCACUUUAUUUAACCAAACUCCAGCGGUUUCAAAUAAUACCAAAAUUCUUUUUGUUCCACCAACAAGUGGAGUUGAGUCUGGUCCCACAACAGAUAUGUCAGACUCAUCCCCUACAAUUGGCAAUACUGGAACUCCCCAAAGUUAUCCAACAAUUGAAAAUACAGAAUCAACUCUUUCAGAAGUAAGUACUGACUCUUAUCCAUUCGAAAUCACCUCCACUACUACCACAUUUGAAACUACACAUCUGACAGAAAACCCCACGCUGGUAACUGAGAUGUUGUCCAGCCGUUUCUACAAUGAAAUGGACGGAAAGGACAAGACAACUACUCCCGUGUCACUUUACCCUUCUUUGACCACCAACAGCCCUGAUGCUAUCCCAAAAACAACAGUUCCCCCUUCAGUUCCAUCUAGAUGUAACAGCAACACGGAAUGCUUAGCUUCUGAAGUCUGUGUUGGCACUUAUUGUAUAAUUGCAAACUGCACAAAACCCGGUGCUAAUUGUUCACCCGGAUCCAGCUCGACCAGUGGUUCGAAAGAGACUGGUGUUGCAAAAAGUCCUCAUCCUUGUCAGUCAGACUCUGACUGUUUAGAGAUUGAGGCAUGUUAUGCGGGGAAUUGUGAGGAUCUUUGUGCUUUAUCCGGGAUGUGCGCUUCAACAGCCAAAUGCCACGUUUUCAAACACAGACCUGUUUGUACAUGUCCUCCUGGUUUUGAAGGAAACCCUGCAGUCAAAUGUUUUCUUCCCAAACCAUUGGCCUGUUCAUCAAAUGCUGAUUGCUCCUUUGCUGAAGCUUGUAUUCAACAGACUUGUCAACGUCCUUGCGAUGUUCAUAAUCCCUGCGCUCAAAAUGCAGUCUGUUCUAACACAAACCAUGGAACAUCUUGCAGCUGUAUUGAAGGUUAUCAAGGCAAUGCUUUCAUCGGAUGUAUUGAAGUUGCUAACUAUCAGCCAAUCUGCCAGUAUAAUGAAGACUGCCCUCCUGAUAAAUUAUGUGAUCGUCUCAAUCGUAUUUGUAUCAAUCCUUGCUUUGAAGAUUCUUGUGGUGAAAAUGCUGAGUGUGUCCCUGUCAACCAUGGUGUUGAUUGCCGCUGUCGCACUGGUCAUCAAGGAAAUCCAUACCUUGGAUGCACAUCAGUUACUGGUUGUCAGAGUGAUGAAGAGUGCCAUGCUAAUGAGGCUUGUGUGGGAGGAAAAUGUAGUAAUCCUUGUCAUUGUGGCCCGAAUGCAGUAUGUGAUGUUGUCUAUCACAAGGCAAAUUGUAAAUGUUUGCCAGGCUACACGGGUGAUGCCAUCCUUGGCUGCAAAGCUCCAUCCAAUCCUUGUCAUCCAAAUCCUUGCGGAGUUCAUGCCUUAUGCGAAAUUGACAAUGGAAAUCCAAUUUGUUUCUGUCCCAAAGGAAUGACAGGCAAUCCUUUCAAAAAUUGCAUUCCAGAGGGAGAUGAAUGUUCACCAAACCCUUGCGGGCCAUAUUCAGGCUGCCGUGUUGUGCAUGGUUCAGCAGUUUGUUUCUGCCUGCCAGAAUACGAAGGAGAUCCUCCGAUUAAACCUUGUCAUCUACCUCAAAAUCCAUGCAAUCCCUCCCCAUGUGGACCAAACACUCAGUGCAGCUUGCUUGCCAAUGGUUUUGCAAAAUGUACGUGUCUACCAGGAACCGUUGAAAGUCCGAACACCAUCAGAGGUUGCGUGGAAAAGCGUAAUCCUUGCGAGCCCAACCCUUGUGGUCAUGGAGCCAUCUGUGAUUCAAAUCGACCUCAGAUUUGUUUCUGUCCAGAACCAUUGAUUGGAAAUCCUUACCGAUCUUGCACAGAACCUGUGAAAACACUAUGUCAACCCGGUCCCUGUGGUGUAAAUGCUGAUUGCUAUGUAACUGGAGGAACAGAACAGUGCUUUUGCAAAUCGGGUUUCAUCGGCGAUCCUUAUUCAGCUUGUCAUGCACCUCCAACUUCACCAUGUAUUCCAAAUCCUUGUGGACCAUUCGCUCAAUGUACUGUCACUCCUGAGGGUCACUCGCUUUGUCUUUGCCCCGAUGGAAUGGCAGGUGAUCCGGCUACUGGGUGCUCAGGCCCCGAAUGUAGGACUGAUGAUGAUUGCCCGUGGGACAAAUCAUGUCUGGGUUGGAAGUGCCUGAAUCCUUGUCCCGGCGCAUGUGGAAUAGGGGCAGAUUGUCGCGUAGAAAAGCAUCAUCCAGUUUGCUCUUGUCAUGAAGGUCUCACUGGAAACCCCUUGAUAAGAUGCUCUGCAAUAACAGUUUUAGUACCUGUGGCAAAUCCAUGUGAACCCAGUCCAUGUGGCCUAAACACCAUUUGCACCAUAAAGAAAAACAAAGCUGUCUGCUCCUGCCUACCUGACUUCAUCGGAGAUCCUCUCACUAGUUGCCAGCCAGAGUGUUUGAUGAAUUCCGAUUGUCCAUUCCAUCAAGCAUGUCUUGGGUACCGUUGUAAAGAUCCGUGUUCCUUCAGCAAUAUUUGUGGGCUUGGUGCAGUUUGCUCAUGCAAAGAACACACAGUAACAUGUAAUUGCCGUGAAGGGUUUACUGGAGAUCCAUUCAUCCAGUGUAUUCCAGAACCAUAUCUACCACCAUACCCAAAUAUGACACUGCCGUGUAAACCUUCACCAUGUGGUUCAACGGCUCACUGCAAUGUUUUUGGUGGACAAGUGGCGAUGUGCGAUCCAUGUGGCUCAACAAGUGGUUACUGGAGCCCGGCUUGUCAUCCAGAAUGUUUGUUCAACUCAGACUGUCCUUUUGAUCUCGCAUGUAUUGGACAGAAAUGUUUGAAUCCAUGCUCUGGAUCAUGUGGAGUUGGUGCUGAAUGUGUAGUUUAUCAUCAUCAACCCAUUUGUACCUGUCCAUAUGGACUCGUCGGGAAUCCAUUUGAACACUGUCAUCCACCACCUCCAACUGCUGUCAAACCCAAACCUGACUCAUGCGAAACGUUACAAUGUGGUGCUAAUGCAGCAUGUAAAGUCAGCUACGGGCACACAACUUGCAUCUGCUUACCAGGAUAUCAUGGCAAUCCCUAUUUGGCCUGCAAACCAGAAUGUGUGCUAAAUACGGAUUGCGCUCACACUCUAUGCUGUGUUAAUAACAAGUGUGAGGAUCCUUGUAUAGGUGCUUGCGGUGUCAAUUCUCACUGCCAAGUAGUCAAUCAUCUACCAGUUUGUUUCUGUCCUCAAGAUCAUACUGGAGAUCCAUUUGUUAGUUGUUAUCCUUAUAGACCAAUUGUUCCGCCUGUGAUGGGACAUCCCAGUAACCCCUGUGAUCCUUCUCCUUGCGGCCCCAACAGCCGUUGUUUGAUAUCUAGUCAAGGCUACGCCACGUGCUCAUGUUUACCAGGCUUCCGUGGUGUACCUCCCGUUUGUAAGCCAGAAUGUGUUAUUAGUCCUGAGUGUCCUCAAUCUCAAGCUUGUAUAAAUCAAAAAUGUACUGACCCCUGUCCAGGGACGUGUGGAAUAAAUGCCAAAUGUAUUACUAUUAACCAUAAUCCAAUUUGUAGCUGUCCACCUGGUCACAUCGGUGAUCCAUUUGUUAGCUGUUAUCUACCGCCAGCGGAAGAAAUACCUAAAGUUCCUUUAAACCCUUGUGAGCCGUCUCCAUGUGGUCCUAAUUCAAUUUGUCAAGUCACGCAUAGUCAUCCUGUUUGCUCAUGUGCUCCCAAUUACAUUGGAAGCCCACCUUUCUGCCGCCCUGAGUGUACGAUGAGUCAGGAAUGUCCUCAUGACAAAGCCUGUAUCAAAGAAAAAUGCAGGGAUCCAUGUGUGCAAUCAUGUGGGUUUAACGCCAAGUGUAAUGUUAUCAACCACACGCCUUUCUGCACCUGUUUGCCAGGAUUUGAAGGUGAUGCCUUUGUCGGUUGCUCAUCAAUACCUCCAACCGUCCAUCCUCCAGUACCAACUGAUCCAUGUAUACCAUCUCCUUGUGGUGAAAACGCUCAAUGCACCAGUAUAGAUGGCACUGCAAGGUGUACCUGUAUUCCACCAUAUUUUGGCAACCCAUAUGCAGGAGGCUGUCGGCCAGAAUGCGUGAUUUCAAGUGAUUGCCCUCCCUACCAGGCUUGUUUAUCCAGCCAUUGCAGGGAUCCGUGUCCUGGAGUUUGUGGUGUCAAUGCGCAGUGUAAUGUCGUCAAUCACAUUCCGCAAUGUUCCUGUUUUCCAGGUUACAUUGGGGAUCCGUUCCAGUCAUGCAGAAUUGAACCUAAACCAUUACCUCCUCAGAACCCUUGUGUGCCAUCACCAUGUGGACCUCAUAGUCAUUGUCGUGUAUCAGAUGGUCAUGCUGUCUGCUCCUGUGAAGAAGACAAAAUUGGCACACCUCCAAACUGUAGGCCCGAAUGUCUUGUCAGUGCUGAGUGUGCUCAAAACAAGGCUUGCAUCAAUCAACAUUGCAAAGAUCCUUGCCCUGGAACCUGUGGUCUUCAUGCCAAGUGUCAAGUCAUCAAUCACAAUCCUGUCUGUAGUUGUCCUCCACAUUUCGUUGGAGAUCCUUUCGUCAGAUGCGUUGAAGAUGCUCCUAAAGAACCCGAAAAUCUUGGCAACCCUUGCAUUCCAUCUCCAUGUGGUUCCAAUGCAGAAUGUCGUGUCAUCGAUUAUCGUGCCGUUUGUUCAUGUCUACCUGGUAUGCUUGGCGCGCCACCUUAUUGUAGGCCAGAGUGUCUGAUCCAUGCGGACUGCCCAACAAGAUUAGCCUGUGUCAGUAACAAGUGCAGAGAUCCGUGUGCUGGAGCCUGCGGCUUCAACUCACAGUGCUCUGUCAUCAACCAUCAACCUGUGUGCACGUGUCUCGAAGGCUAUCAAGGCGAUCCAUUCUCGGGCUGUAAUCAAAUUCAAGCCACUAAACCAAGUAACCCAUGUGUUCCUAAUCCCUGCGGCCCACUCAGCCAAUGUAGGCUGAGCAGAAGUAGAACCCCUAUCUGUGCAUGUUUGCCUGGUUCACUAGGCGCAAGUCCUUUCUGUCGCCCAGGAUGCACUAUGAAAUCUGACUGCCCUGUCACUGAAACUUGCUACCUAAGUAAAUGUGUUGAUCCUUGUCAGAGUAUAGCCUGUGCAGUAAAUGCACGUUGUCAAGUUUUCUUGCACGAGGCUGUUUGUCACUGUAAACCUGGCUAUUCUGGUGAUCCCUUGAAACGCUGUCUAAAACCUGAUAAAUGCUCAGAGAAACCAAAAUCAAACCCUUGUGAUCCAAACCCUUGCGGUCCGAAUACAGUCUGUCGUAUUGUUAAGGACCAAGUUGUGUGCCAUUGCCUACCAAAUUUUCUUGGGAAGUUCCCUCACUGUCUGCCAUAUGAGUGCCUGAACAAUAAUGAUUGUCCUUCAAACCGUGCAUGUGUCCAUAACAAGUGCAAAAAUCCUUGCCGUAAUGCCUGUGGAACACAAGCAUCCUGUAGACCAAUUAAUCAUGUGCCAGUAUGCUCCUGUCCACCUGGUUUCACCGGCAACCCAUCUCUCAUUUGUUCCUUAUCAACAAUUCAACUGGUGCCAAUAAAUCCUUGCCACCCAUCACCUUGCGGGCCUAACGCCAUUUGUCGCGAACAUGGUGGUGCCGGGUCAUGUUCCUGCUUACCGGAAUAUUUUGGUGACCCCUACACAGGAUGCAGACCAGAAUGUGUUGUCAACACAGAUUGUCCUUGGGACAAAGCUUGUGUCUGCAAUAAGUGUUUGAACCCAUGCUCCGGAACCUGUGGUCUGAAUACUGAAUGUAAAGUUGCUCACCACACGCCUGUUUGCUUCUGUCUUCCUGGAUAUUCUGGAAAUGCUUUAGUAGCAUGUCAUCCCAUUACGCAUGAUCCCACGUGUGAAGUGUCUCUAACCAUACGACAUCCCUGUAUGAAGUCCCCCUGUGGACCAUACAGUCAAUGUAGGAAUGUGGAUAUGCAUGCUGUAUGUUCUUGCUUACCGGGAUAUGUUGGUUCUCCUCCUGCUUGCCGACCUCAGUGUGUGGUUAGCUCCGAGUGUCCCCUUGAUAAAUCAUGUGUCAACCAGUUAUGUACAAAUCCCUGCCAAGGAAUGUGCGGCCAUUAUGCUAUUUGCCAAGUCAUAAACCACAACCCCAUUUGUAGUUGUAGACCAGGAUACACUGGGGAUCCAUUCAACCGUUGCAUUAAAGAACAACAUCCAAUAAUAGUGAUAGAAGAAGAUCACAGAGAUCCCUGCGUCCCAUCACCUUGUGGACCGAAUGCUAUCUGUCGGGUGCAUGGCUCAACCCCUUCAUGUUCUUGUAUCCAACAUUAUAUUGGUCGACCACCUAAUUGUCGCCCUGAGUGUACUAUAAAUGCUGAAUGUGAGGGUCGCUAUGCCUGUCAAAAUGAGCAUUGUAUUGAUCCAUGUCCUGGAUCAUGUGGUGCUCAUACCACAUGUGUUGUCAUAAACCAUUCUCCUGCAUGCUCAUGUCUUCCUGGGUUUAUCGGAGAUCCGUUUAUUGCCUGCUCUCCUCAUCAAGAAAUCGAAAAACCAGAGAUUGAAUCUCAUCGAGACCCCUGUAAUCCAUCUCCAUGUGGGUCAAAUGCUGUAUGUAGGGAAAAGAAUGGAGCAGGUUCCUGUUCUUGUUUGCCAGAAUAUUUUGGAAACCCCUACACAGGCUGUAGGCCGGAGUGCGUUCUCAAUGCGGACUGUUCGAGGAGCAAUGCAUGUGUGAAUAACAAAUGUACCAACCCCUGCGUUGGAAUGUGCGGAACUAAUGCAGUCUGUGAUGUGAUUAAUCACUCACCCUCUUGCUCUUGUUUUCCGGGUUACACUGGUAACCCUCUUGUUGCAUGUCAGCCAUCUAUACCCAUUGUAACUACGCAACAUCCUCUUCAAAAUCCUUGCGUGUCUUCGCCAUGUGGACCAUACAGUAUUUGUCGUGUAAAAAAUGGUCAUGCUGUUUGUUCAUGUCAACAAAACUACAUUGGAUCUCCGCCAUCUUGCCAUCCUGAAUGUGUCUCAAGCUCAGACUGUCUCCUUUACUUGGCAUGCAUUAAUCAAAAAUGCGUGGAUCCCUGCCCUGGCACCUGUGGAAUUAAUGCCAGGUGUCAGGUUGUUAUCCACAAACCCAUUUGCUCUUGCUUACCUGGAUACAAUGGAGAUCCAUUUCUUCAGUGUACAAAAGAAAUGCCACUUGCUACUCCUGAGCCUCGUCCAAAUACAAAUCCGUGCGUGCCCUCACCAUGUGGUCCAAACUCUCAGUGUAAAACUGCUGCAGAUAGCACUCCGGCUUGCUCUUGUCUCCCAAAUUAUGUGGGUAGACCACCAAAUUGUCGUCCCGAGUGUACCAUCAAUGCUGAAUGUAUCGGCACCAAAGCGUGUAUCAAUGAGCAUUGCAAGGACCCUUGUCCCGGUUCUUGUGGCCAUCACACAACCUGUUCUGUAAUCAAUCAUGCUCCUCAGUGUGCCUGUUUACCAGGUUACACUGGUGACCCAUUUGCUGGUUGUGCAUAUGUUCAGCAAAUUGUGCCAACGGAAGGUCCGAGAGAACCGUGCAAUCCGUCUCCUUGUGGUGCCAAUGCUAUUUGCAAGGAACGUAAUGGGGCAGGAUCCUGCACAUGUUUACCAGAUUACUUUGGCGACCCAUACACUGGUUGCAGGCCUGAAUGUGUCAUUAAUUCAGACUGCGAUAGGAGCAAAGCAUGUGUGAAUAAUAAAUGCCGAGAUCCUUGCCCCGGAACUUGCGGAAUAAACGCUGACUGCCGUGUUAUUAAUCAUGCUCCCUCUUGCUCUUGCCUUCCUGGGUACACUGGUGACCCAUCUAUCGCUUGCCAUCUACCUCCUCCAGUUAUACAUAUCCCAGAGCAACCACCAAAUCCAUGUGUUCCUUCACCAUGUGGGCCUUACAGUAUCUGUCGCGAAGUAAAUGGUCAUGCCGUUUGCUCUUGUCAAAUUGGUUACAUUGGUUCUCCACCUGCUUGCCGCCCAGAAUGCGUUGUCAGCUCUGAGUGUCCCCAAGACAAAGCAUGCACCAACCAAAAAUGUACUGACCCAUGCCCUGGCACUUGUGGGCUCCUCGCUCGCUGCCAAGUUGUGAAUCAUAAUCCAAUUUGCAGCUGCCCCGCUGGUUAUACAGGGGAUCCUUUCUUGCGCUGUGAGAAAGAAAGACCUCCUGUCCAUGAUGUGCCGACUGGUAAUCCAUGUGUACCAUCACCAUGCGGCCCCAAUUCGCAGUGCCGUGUGAUUGGCAAUACUCCUGCUUGCUCUUGUUUACCGAACUAUAUAGGGCGACCACCUAACUGUCGUCCCGAAUGCACGAUAAAUGCUGAGUGCCCUGGAAACCUUGCUUGCAUCAAUGAAAGGUGCAAAGAUCCCUGCCCAGGCUCUUGUGGUUAUCAUGCCACUUGUAUCGUGGUCUCAAACACCCCUCAUUGCUCUUGUGAACCAAGUUUCACUGGUGAUCCAUUCACCGGGUGUACACCAAUCCCGCUAAUUAUACCAACGGAAGGGCCCAGGAAUCCGUGCAACCCAUCACCUUGUGGCGCUAACGCUGUCUGCAAGGAGAGAAACGGUGCUGGUGCUUGCACUUGUCUGCCUGAAUAUUUCGGAGAUCCUUACACCGGUUGUCGUCCAGAAUGCGUCAUCAACUCUGACUGUGACCGCAGCAAAGCAUGUGUGAACAAUAAGUGUCAAGACCCAUGCCCUGGCGCAUGCGGAUACAAUGCUGAGUGCCAUGUUAUUAAUCAUGCGCCCGCUUGCUCUUGUCUGCCAGGAUACACGGGCGAUGCUCUGUCCUCCUGUAUCCCCAUUCCCAUCAUUACGACGCAAGCAGCUCCAAUUGAUCCAUGCUACCCAUCACCUUGUGGUCUGUACAGUCAGUGCAGGAAUGUUAACGGUCAGGCGGUGUGCUCUUGUCUUCCUCAGUACAUUGGCAGUCCACCCAAUUGCCAUGCAGAAUGUAACAUCAAUGCAGACUGCCCAUUAGACAAGGCUUGUAUCAAUCAGAAAUGUGCCAACCCUUGCCCAAACACAUGUGGCGUUCACGCUCAGUGCACGGUCAAAAACCACAAUCCAAUCUGUGCGUGUCCCCCAAGAUACACCGGGGAUCCAUUCGUCCAGUGCACACUUAUUCCACCAACAACAUUACCGCCUCCAACAAGACCCUCAGCGACCUGUUUCCCAUCACCUUGCGGACCCAAUUCACAAUGUCAGAUCAUCAAUGACAGUCCAGUUUGCUCUUGUCUGCCAGACUUCGUAGGCACUCCACCUCAAUGUCACCCAGAAUGUGUGAUCAGUGCUGAGUGUGCCCCUCAACUAGCCUGUGUGAAGCAGAAGUGUAGGGAUCCUUGUCCUGGUUCCUGUGGUCUCAGCGCUCAGUGUCAUGUAUCCAACCAUGUUCCUGUUUGCACCUGCAUUGAAGGCUACACCGGAGAUCCUUUCACCCUUUGCUCUCCUGUGCCAAUCACAACACCCAUACCGACAGAAGCAGCAGAUCCUUGCCAUCCGUCCCCUUGUGGGCCCAAUGCACUCUGCCAUGAUGGUGUCUGCACGUGCAUACCUGAAUAUCAAGGUAACCCUUACGAAGAAUGCAGACCAGAGUGCAUCAUAAAUCAAGAGUGUAGCCGAGACAAAGCUUGCAUCCGGUACAAGUGCCAAGAUCCAUGCCCUGGUGUCUGUGGACAAUUAGCGCAGUGUGAUGUUGUCAAUCAUAUUCCUGUUUGCUCCUGUCCUCAAGGUUACACUGGAGAUCCAUUCUCUUUAUGCCGACCAGUUCCCAUUGAACCUCCAAGGCCUGUGGACCCAUGUAACCCAUCUCCCUGUGGACCUAACAGUCAAUGUCGCCCUGCGGAAGGUCAUGCUGUCUGCUCAUGCCUGGCAAGUUACAUCGGUACGCCUCCUAAUUGCAGACCUGAGUGUGUCGUCAGUGCAGAAUGCGCCCAGAAACAAGCAUGUGUCAACACAAAAUGCGUUGAUCCCUGCAUUGGUGUCUGUGGUAUUGGUGCCAGGUGUGAAGUCAUCAACCAUAGCCCACUGUGCUCGUGUCGACCAGGUCAGACAGGAGACCCAUUCCGCAGCUGUUAUGAUUUACCACCACCUCCGCCAACAUCUCCACCAGAGCCUCUAAAUCCAUGCAUACCCUCACCUUGUGGUCCAAAUGCUCAAUGCGAAGUUCGUAAUGGCAGAAACCCUGCUUGUUCAUGUCUACCAAGUUUUGUUGGCUCCCCACCCAAUUGUCGCCCUGAGUGUAUCAUCAAUCCAGAUUGUCCAUCGAACCAAGCUUGUAUCAACCAGAAGUGCGCUGACCCAUGUCCUGGAUCGUGUGGUAUCAAUGCCAACUGUCAAGUCAUUUCUCAUGCAGUUUCUUGUACCUGUUCUCCUGGUUUCACUGGGAAUCCGUUUGUCCAAUGCAUUAUUCAACAACAAGAACCAAUCAAUCCAUGCGAGCCAUCGCCUUGUGGUGCUAAUGCCAUUUGCAAGCAACAAAACAAUGCUGGAUCAUGCUCUUGUAUCCCAGACUACCAUGGUAAUCCGUACGAAGGUUGUCGGCCUGAAUGUGUACUCAGCUCAGACUGUCCAUCAGAUAAAGCCUGCGUCAACAACAAAUGCCAAGAUCCCUGUCCAGGAGUCUGUGGUGCCAGCGCCAUUUGUUCGACCAUCAACCAUGUUCCAACUUGCAACUGCAUUCCUGGCUACAUUGGCGAUCCAUUCAUCAACUGUUAUCCUCAACCACCUCCUGCAACUCAAGCCACCGUAAUUAAUCCAUGUGAUCCAUCACCAUGCGGUCCGAAUAGUCAGUGUAGGGAAGUGAAUGAGCAGGCUGUCUGCUCAUGCCAACCUCACUAUGAAGGUUCUCCUCCUAAUUGUCGUCCACAGUGUAUUACCAACAGUGAAUGUCCUCCGACAAAAGCAUGCCAUAACUACAAGUGCCGUGAUCCAUGUCCUGGUACCUGUGGUUUGCAAGCACGUUGUGAAGUCAUCAACCACAACCCCAUCUGUAGUUGUCCGCCUGGUCUCACUGGAGAUCCAUUUACACGUUGUGUACGACCUGCUCCUCCUCCUCCACCACAAGCUGCACCAAUUCCAAUCAACCCAUGCAUUCCUUCACCCUGUGGACCAAACUCUGAAUGCCGUAUCGUUAACAACCAAGCUGCUUGCUCAUGCAGGCCAAACUACAUUGGCUCACCUCCUAACUGCCGCCCAGAAUGCAGCGUCAAUACUGACUGUUCACCAACCACUGCUUGCAUUUCAGAGAAGUGUAGAGAUCCUUGCCCAGGCUCAUGCGGAAUUUAUGCUGAUUGCCGCGUCCAAAACCACAUUCCUAUCUGUUCUUGCGUUCAGGGCUACACGGGUGAUCCUUUCACUCAGUGCUCCCCAAUCAUUAUUCAAGAAACUCCAAUUGAAAAGGAUCCUUGCAAUCCAUCACCGUGUGGAGCGAAUGCUGACUGCCAUGAAGGCAUUUGCACUUGUCGACCUCUGUACUUUGGAGACCCGUAUUCUGGUUGCCGUCCAGAAUGCACCAUGAAUUCAGACUGCCCUCGAAACAAGGCUUGUAGCAAUCAACGCUGUGUUGAUCCUUGUCCUGGAACAUGUGGGCAAGAUGCACACUGUGAUGUUAUCAAUCAUAUUCCAACCUGCACCUGUCCACCUGGUACAUCUGGUGAUGCCUUUGUCGCGUGCCGCCCAAUCAUUGUGGAACACGAACCACCCCGUGACCCUUGCAACCCGAAUCCAUGUGGACCAAACAGCAUCUGCCGUGUUGUAAACGCUCACGCUGUUUGCUCAUGCCAACCAGGAUUGAUUGGUGCUCCUCCGUCAUGUCGCCCAGAAUGUGUGGUCAGUGCUGAAUGUCCCUUGACUCAAGCUUGUCUAAAUAACAAAUGCGUCAAUCCUUGUCCUGGAACUUGUGGUGUGAGCGCCAAAUGCCAAGUUAUCAAUCACAAUCCGAUUUGCAGUUGUCCACCUGGUUUAACUGGGGAUCCAUUCCGUCUCUGCUAUGAAUCUAAACCACUGCCGCCACCAGUGCCAACAAAUCCCUGUAUUCCAUCUCCUUGUGGCCCUAAUUCAGAGUGUAGAGUGCAUGGGGACAGCCCAGCGUGCUCUUGCUCAUUGAAUUACAUAGGAACUCCACCAAAUUGUCGUCCAGAGUGUACGAUCAAUCCAGAAUGUCCCAGUCAUUUGGCGUGCAUCAAUCAGAAGUGUGCUGACCCCUGCCCUGGCUCCUGUGGCUCCAACGCACAGUGUUCUGUCAUCAACCACACUCCCAUUUGCACAUGCAUCACCGGCUAUACGGGUGACCCAUUUACUGGAUGUUUGCUGAUUCAAGAGGAACCAUUACCGCAGGAAAAACCAACUCCAUGCUCUCCAUCUCCAUGUGGCGCUAAUGCCAUUUGUAGGGAACAAAAUAGCGCUGGAUCUUGUUCAUGUUUGCCAGACUAUAUCGGAAACCCUUACGAAGGCUGCCGUCCAGAAUGUGUUGGCAGUUCUGACUGCCCAUCUAAUAAAGCCUGCAUCCUCAACAAAUGUCAAGAUCCCUGCCCUGGUGUCUGUGGACCCUAUGCUCACUGUCAAGUCAUCAACCAUCUACCAAACUGCAUCUGCCAACCUGGCUACACUGGAGAUCCUUUCAGGCUUUGUUCGCCUACACCAACACUACCAUUGAUUGAGGCAAGUCCAGUUGAUCCUUGUUAUCCAUCUCCAUGUGGUCCGAACAGUCAGUGUCGGGAAAUCAAUGGUCAAGCUGUCUGCUCUUGCAGACCAUCAUACGUUGGCAGUCCUCCGAGCUGCAGACCAGAAUGCGUCGUUAGCUCUGAAUGUCCUCGCGACAAGGCGUGUAUGAAUCAAAAAUGCGUUGAUCCUUGCACAAACACUUGUGGUCAAAAUGCUGUUUGUCAUGUGAUCAACCACAGCCCAAUUUGCAGUUGUCGACCGAGCUACACUGGGGAUCCAUUCACUUUUUGCUCUCGUAUUCCGCCUCCACCCCCUCCUCCAGCUGACCCAAUCUAUAUCAAUCCAUGCAUUCCAUCGCCUUGCGGCCCUUACUCUGAAUGUCGAGAUAUUGGUGGAGCGCCCUCAUGCUCUUGUCGACCAGAUUAUUCUGGGACUCCGCCUAAUUGUAGACCCGAAUGUAUCAUCAAUGCUGAAUGUCCAAGUGCCUUGGCUUGUAUACGAGAAAAAUGCAGAGAUCCUUGCCCUGGCUCUUGCGGCUCAGAUGCUCUUUGUAAUGUGAUUAACCACAUACCCACAUGCGUUUGUGCGGAAGGAUAUACUGGAGACCCAUUCACCAAUUGUUAUCCAAAACCUCCUCCACAUCCACCUCAAAAUAUUGAUCCCUGCAAUCCAUCACCUUGCGGGCCAAAUGCCAUCUGCAGGGAUGGUGUCUGCUCUUGUCAACUCGAAUAUCAAGGUGAUCCGUAUUCUGGGUGUCGACCAGAGUGUAUUUUGAACUCAGAGUGUCCUCGGAACCAAGCUUGUAUUCGCACUAAGUGUAAAGAUCCUUGUCCAGGAACAUGUGGCCAGGAUGCCAUCUGUAGCGUUGUCAACCAUAUUCCAAUUUGCAGCUGUCCAGCAGGAAUGUCAGGAAAUCCAUUCGUUCUUUGCCUUCUUCAGCAGGGUUAGUCUCCUGUUGUAACUCAGCCAUGCAAUCCAAAUCCUUGUGGACCACACAGUAUUUGUCGAGAGAUAAAUAAUCAAGGCGUUUGUUCUUGUGCCCCUGGUUUCAUCGGUAGUCCACCCGUUUGUCGUCCUGAGUGCGUCAUCAAUGCAGAUUGUGGCCGAAACGAGGCUUGUAACAACCAAAAAUGUCGCAACCCUUGUCCUGGCACCUGCGGUGUAGGGGCGCGGUGUGAGAUUGUGAAUCACAACCCAAUCUGCAGUUGUCCUCCCAGAUACACCGGAGACCCAUUCGUUAGAUGUUUACCCAUACCGGAGCUUCCUCCAGUUCAAGCAGCUCCUCAAAACCCUUGCGUUCCUUCACCUUGUGGUCCGAAUGCGCAGUGUCAACCCCACGGGGAGUCACCUUCGUGUUCUUGUUUGCCUGAAUUCAUCGGAAUCCCUCCCAACUGUCGACCUGAAUGCAUCAGUAAUAGUGAAUGCCCCAGUCACCAAGCUUGUAUCAAUCAAAAAUGUCGAGACCCUUGCCCAGGUCUGUGUGGUGCCAAUGCUCAAUGUCAUGUAGUCAGUCACACUCCCCGGUGUGUUUGUACCCCUGGUUACGUCGGCGACCCAUUUGUUCAAUGCACAAUUCAACAAUCGGAGCCAUUGCCCCAAGAGGUGAUAAACCCCUGCUCCCCAUCACCAUGUGGUGUCAAUGCUGUAUGUCGAGAACAAAACGGCGCAGGUUCUUGCACUUGUCAGGCUGAUUAUGUCGGAAAUCCGUAUGAAGGUUGUCGCCCAGAAUGCACUUUGAACACGGAUUGCGCUCCAAACAAAGCUUGCAUUCGCAGUAAAUGCCAAGAUCCUUGUCCAGGAACUUGUGGACCCAAUGCUGACUGUCAAGUCGUCAAUCACAUUCCAUCUUGCACCUGUUGGCCUGGAUAUACAGGAGAUCCAUUCAGAUACUGUAGCCCAUCUCCUACAACUCCUCCAUCUGUCGAGGCAGCACCCAUAGAUCCGUGUUACCCAUCUCCAUGUGGUCCAAACAGUGUGUGUCGUGAAAUCAAUGGGCAAGCUGUCUGCUCUUGCAAACCUAUGUACAUUGGAAGUCCACCUGGCUGCAGACCAGAGUGUGUCGUUAGUUCCGAAUGUCCGCACAACAAAGCAUGCAUCAAUCAAAAAUGCACGGACCCGUGCCCCGGCACUUGCGAACAAAAUGCUGUUUGCCAUGUUAUAAAUCACAGUCCCAUUUGCAGUUGUCGUUCUGGGUAUACUGGCGAUCCGUUCACAGUGUGCUCCCUCAUUCCUCCGCCCCCUCCACCAUCAGCAGAUCCCAUACUACUCAAUCCAUGUGUCCCCUCACCUUGUGGCCCUUACUCACAAUGUCGUGACAUUGGUGGAGCGCCUUCUUGUUCUUGUCGACCUGAAUACACUGGCACACCCCCUAACUGUAGACCGGAAUGUCUUAUAAAUGCUGAAUGCCAGAGCGCCCUAGCUUGUAUUCGUGAGAAGUGCAAAGACCCUUGCCCUGGUUCCUGUGGAUCUGGUGCUCUCUGUAAUGUGAUCAAUCACACACCGGCGUGCGUUUGUCCAGAAGGAUACACAGGAGAUCCAUUUACCAAUUGCUACCCAAAACCACCCCCACCAACUGAACCACCACAAAGCACUGAUCCUUGCGAUCCCUCCCCCUGCGGACCUAACGCCAUCUGCCGUGAUGGAGUGUGUUCAUGUCUUCCUGAAUACCAAGGAGAUCCUUACACUGGCUGUAGACCAGAGUGCAUUUUAAAUAGUGACUGUCCACAAAACCUUGCUUGCAUUCGGAACAAGUGCAAAGAUCCAUGUAGAGGAACCUGCGGUGACAAUGCCAUUUGUACAGUUUUCAAUCAUAUUCCAAUGUGCACUUGUCCAGCCAGCAUGUCAGGGAAUCCUUUCGUCCAGUGCAAACCUCAGCAGGCUCCUGUCGUAACUCAACCAUGCAAUCCAUCUCCAUGUGGACCACACAGUAUUUGUCGAGAGGUGAACAAUCAAGGCGUUUGUUCUUGUGCUCCUGGUUUCAUUGGCAGUCCUCCUGCUUGUCGUCCUGAAUGUAUUGUCAACUCAGACUGUGGUCGAAAUGAAGCAUGUAACAAUCAAAAAUGUCGCAACCCUUGUCCUGGCACCUGCGGUGUAGGGGCCCGGUGUGAAAUAGUGAAUCACAACCCUAUCUGCAGUUGCCCUCCCAGAUACACUGGAGACCCAUUCGUUAGAUGUUUACCCAUAAGGGAGCCUCCUCCAGUUCAAGCAGCUCCUCAAAACCCAUGCGUUCCUUCACCUUGCGGUCCGAAUGCACAGUGUCAACCCCACGGGGAGUCACCUUCCUGUUCUUGUUUGCCUGACUUCAUCGGAAUCCCUCCCAACUGUCGACCUGAAUGCAUUAGUAAUAGUGAAUGCCCCAGUCACCAAGCUUGUAUCAAUCAGAAGUGUCGAGACCCCUGCCCAGGUCUGUGUGGUGCAAAUGCAGAAUGUCGAGUCGUGAGUCACUCUCCAAGAUGCAUUUGUCCGACAGGCUACGUUGGAGAUCCCUUUGUCCAGUGCUCAAUCCAACAAUCGGAGCCAUUGCCCCAAGAAGUGAUAACACCUUGUUCACCAUCACCAUGUGGAAUUAACGCGAUCUGUCGAGAACAAAACGGUGCUGGUUCUUGUACAUGUUUGGCUGAUUACAUUGGAAAUCCGUAUGAGGGUUGUCGCCCAGAAUGCACUUUGAACACCGAUUGUGCUCCGAACAAAGCUUGCAUUCACAGUAAAUGCCAAGAUCCUUGUCCAGGAACUUGUGGACCAAAUGCAAUCUGUCAGGUGGUCAAUCAUAUUCCGUCUUGUACCUGCUUACCAGGGUACAGCGGGGAUCCAUUCAAGUACUGCAACCUUGCUCCUGUUUCUCCACCAAUUGUGGAAGCAGCCCCACUUGACCCUUGCAAUCCAUCUCCGUGUGGUCCAAACAGCAUGUGUCGUGAAAUUAAUGGUCAAGCUGUUUGUUCCUGCAAACCAACCUACGUUGGUAGUCCCCCUGGUUGUCGUCCUGAAUGUGUUGUGAGUUCAGAGUGUCCUCACAACAAGGCUUGUAUCAAUCAAAAGUGUUCCGAUCCAUGCCCAGGAACUUGUGGACAAUAUGCUGUCUGUCAAGUUAUCAACCACAGUCCAAUUUGUACUUGUCGCCAAGGCUACACAGGAGAUCCCUUCAUAGUUUGCACCCGUAUCCCAUUACCUUUGCCUCCAGCAGCUGACCCGGUGUACUUAAAUCCAUGCAUACCUUCACCAUGUGGACCUAAUUCACAAUGUCGUGAUAUUGGUGGAGCUCCCUCAUGUUCUUGUCUACCAGAGUUCACUGGCACUCCGCCUAACUGCAGACCAGAGUGUAUCAUUAAUGCUGAGUGUCAAAGUGCCUUAGCCUGUAUCCGUGAGAAAUGUCGGGACCCUUGUCCAGGCUCCUGCGGCUCGGGGGCUGUUUGUAAUGUUAUCAACCACACGCCCACUUGCACUUGCCCAGAUGGUUACACUGGCGAUGCUUUUAUAAAUUGCUACCCUAAACCUCCUCCACCUGUUGAUAGUCCUCCAGAAAUUGAUCCGUGUAACCCUUCGCCAUGUGGAGCUAAUGCUGUCUGUAGAGAUGGAGUAUGUUCUUGUCUUCCCGAGUACCAAGGAGAUCCUUACUCCAGUUGUAGACCAGAAUGUAUUUUGAACUCGGACUGCCCUCGUAACCGAGCUUGUAUUCGAAACAAGUGCAAAGAUCCUUGUCCCGGAACUUGUGGCCAGGAUGCCAUAUGCACUGUACUGAACCACAUUCCGAUUUGCAGUUGUCCAACGGGCAUGGCAGGGAAUCCAUUUGUUGAAUGUAGACCACAGCAGGCUCCAAUCGUGACACAACCCUGCAAUCCCUCACCAUGUGGGCCGCACAGUGUAUGCAGAGAAAUAAAUAAUCAAGCAGUAUGCUCAUGCGUCGCUGGUUACAUUGGCAGUCCCCCUGCUUGUAGACCUGAGUGCACUGUUAACUCUGACUGUGGUCGAAAUGAAGCUUGCUCCAACCAGAAAUGUCGUAAUCCUUGUCCCGGUACCUGUGGAGUUGGUGCUAGAUGUGAAGUUGUUAACCAUAAUCCCAUUUGUAGCUGUCCACCAAGAUUUACCGGGGAUCCGUUUAUUCGAUGCCUCCCUAUACCGGAGACUCCACCCCCUCAACAUACUCCACAAAACCCUUGUGUACCAUCGCCUUGUGGACCCAAUGCUCAAUGCCAACCGCAUGGUGACUCACCAUCGUGCUCUUGCCUUCCUGGCUUCCUUGGCAUACCACCAAGUUGUAGGCCUGAAUGUGUCAGUAAUAGCGAAUGUCCAAGCCAUCAAGCUUGCAUCAACCAAAAGUGUCGAGAUCCCUGCCCUGGUCUUUGUGGUGCAAAUGCUGAUUGUCGCGUUGUCAGUCAUACCCCUCGAUGUGUCUGUCCCAUUGGUUAUGUUGGUGAUCCAUUCACCCAGUGUUCGAUUCAACAGUCGGAGCCAACACCCCAUGAAGUUAUUUCUCCAUGCUCGCCAUCGCCAUGCGGUAGCAAUGCCAUUUGUCGCGAACAGAAUGGUGCUGGAUCUUGCACCUGUUUACCUGAAUACAUCGGUAACCCAUACGAAGGUUGUCGGCCAGAAUGUACCUUGAAUACUGAUUGUGCUCCGAACAAAGCUUGCAUUCGUAGCAAGUGUCAGGAUCCUUGCCCAGGCACUUGUGGACCAAACGCCGACUGUCAAGUUGUGAAUCAUAUUCCUAUGUGCACUUGUCGAGUGGGCUACACUGGUGAUCCAUUCCGUCACUGCAACAUAGCACCAACAAUCCCUCCACCGGUUGAGGCGGCCCCAGUUGAUCCUUGUUAUCCAUCUCCGUGUGGUCCAAACAGUCAGUGUCGUGAAGUUAACGGUCAAGCCGUGUGCUCUUGUAAACCAUCCUAUGUCGGAAGUCCUCCAGGGUGUAGACCAGAGUGCGUUGUCAGCUCUGAGUGUUCUCAUAAGAAGGCUUGCAUCAAUCAGAAAUGCUCAGAUCCUUGUCCAGGCACUUGCGGACAACAUGCAAUCUGUAACGUCAUCAAUCACAGCCCCAUUUGUAGUUGUCAAUCAGGAUACUCUGGAGAUCCCUUCACAUUUUGCUCUCCAAUCCCACCUCCACCCCCUCUUCCUGCUGAUCCGAUUUUUGUCAAUCCGUGCAUACCAUCACCAUGUGGUCCGUAUUCACAAUGUCGUGACAUUGGUGGGGCACCCUCUUGUUCUUGUCGACCUGAAUACACUGGCACUCCGCCAAAUUGCAGACCAGAGUGUAUCAUCAACGCUGAAUGCCAAAGUGCUCUUGCUUGCAUCCGAGAGAAGUGUCGCGAUCCUUGUCCUGGGUCUUGUGGCGCUGGUGCUCUCUGCAAUGUCAUCAAUCACACCCCAUCUUGUACUUGUCCUGAAGGUUACACAGGAGAUCCUUUCACCAACUGCUAUCCAAAACCUCCUCCAUUGGAUGAUAAACCUCUUGAGGUUGAUGCUUGCAACCCGUCCCCUUGUGGUCCGAAUGCAGACUGCAGGGAUGGUAUUUGUACCUGCUUGCCAGAAUAUCAAGGGGAUCCAUACGUUGGUUGUCGGCCGGAAUGCAUUCUAAACUCUGAGUGCCCUCAUACUCUUGCGUGUAUUAGGAACAAAUGCAAAGAUCCCUGCCCUGGAACUUGUGGUCAAAAUGCGCUCUGCAGCGUCAUCAACCAUAUACCCAUCUGCAGUUGUCCACCAGGCAUGUCUGGAAAUCCAUUCGUUCAGUGCUCAAUACAGCAGGCUCCCAUUGAGACACAGCCUUGCAACCCAUCUCCUUGUGGACCUCAUAGUAUCUGUAGAGACACUAAUGGCCAUGCUGUCUGCUCAUGUGUUCCUGGCUUCAUUGGUAGUCCUCCUGCCUGCAGACCAGAAUGUAUAGUAAAUUCUGAUUGCAACCGAAAUGAGGCAUGUUCCAAUCAGAAGUGUCGAAAUCCAUGUCUUGGCACCUGUGGAAUUUCCGCUCGUUGUGAAGUUGUCAACCACAAUCCCAUUUGCUCUUGUCCUCCAAGAUACACAGGCGAUCCUUUCGUGAGAUGUCAACCCAUACCGGAAACACCUCCAGUUCAAGCCGCUCCCUCACAUCCGUGCGUACCAUCACCCUGUGGGCCAAAUGCUCAGUGUCAAGUCCAUGCUGAUUCUCCAUCUUGCUCUUGCCUCCCUGAUUUCAUUGGCGCGCCACCCAAUUGUCGACCAGAGUGUGUUAGUAACAGUGAAUGUCCAAGUCAUCAAGCUUGCAUCAACCAAAAAUGUCGUGACCCUUGUCCUGGUCUCUGCGGAGCCAACGCUGAGUGCCGUGUUGUCAGUCAUACUCCAAGGUGUAUUUGUGUCCCUGGCUACAUAGGAGAUCCCUUUGUCCAAUGCACAAUCCAGCAAUCGGACCCUGUGCCCCAAGAGGUGAUUAACCCCUGCUCCCCAUCACCGUGUGGUGUCAAUGCUGUAUGUCGAGAGCAAAAUGGUGCUGGCUCUUGCACAUGUCAGGCUGAUUAUGUUGGAAAUCCGUACGAAGGUUGUCGACCAGAAUGUACAUUGAACACUGACUGUGCUCCAAACAAGGCUUGCAUUCGCAGCAAAUGUCAGGAUCCUUGCCCUGGAACCUGCGGUUCGAACGCGGACUGUCAGGUUGUCAAUCACCUUCCAGUUUGUAACUGCUGGCCAGGAUAUACUGGGGAUCCCUUCAGAUACUGCAGUGCUAUUCCGCCUCAACCGCCAUUGAUCGAAGCAGCUCCGGUUAAUCCAUGCAAUCCAUCUCCAUGUGGUCCUAAUAGUCAGUGUCGUGAGGUCAAUGGACAAGCUGUCUGUUCUUGUAAACCCACCUACGUCGGAAGUCCUCCUGGCUGUAGACCAGAGUGUGUCGUUAGCUCUGAAUGUCCCCACAACAAAGCUUGCAUCAAUCAAAAGUGCGCAGACCCUUGUCCUGGUACUUGCGGACAAAAUGCAAUCUGCAAUGUGAUCAAUCACAGUCCAAUCUGUAGCUGCAAGCCUGGCUAUUCUGGAGAUCCAUUCAGUCUUUGUUCACGCAUUCCACCCCCACUACCACCCCCAGCGGAUCCAAUUUAUGUCAAUCCUUGCGUUCCAUCACCAUGUGGCCCAUAUUCUCAAUGCCGUGAUAUUGGCGGAGCACCAUCUUGUUCCUGUAGACCAGAAUACACCGGCUCCCCGCCUAAUUGCCGACCAGAAUGUCUCAUCAAUGCUGAAUGUCAGAGUGCGCUUGCAUGUAUUCGAGAAAAAUGCAAAGAUCCUUGUCCAGGAUCUUGCGGUGCCAAUGCCCAUUGUAAUGUCAUCAAUCACACCCCAUCUUGUAGUUGUCCAGAAGGGUACACUGGAGAUCCAUUCACAAGUUGCUAUCCAAAACCACCUCCACCGGUUGACAGCCCACCUGAACCAGAUCCAUGUCAGUGUGGACCAAAUGCUGUCUGUCAUAAUGGUGUUUGCACUUGUAUACCUGAGUAUCAGGGAGAUCCCUAUGUUGGUUGCCGGCCCGAAUGUGUUCUAAAUACGGAUUGUCCUCGCACACAAGCGUGUAUUCGAAAUAAAUGUAAAGAUCCAUGUCCGGGAACUUGUGGUCAGAAUGCCCUCUGUACUGUUGUCAACCACAUACCCAUCUGUAGUUGUCCAACGAGUAUGUCCGGAAACCCGUUUGUGCUUUGCACACCUCAACAAGCUCCCAUUGUAACGCAACCAUGCAAUCCCUCACCAUGUGGACCGCACAGUGUAUGCAGAGAAAUAAAUAAUCAAGCUGUUUGCUCAUGCGCUCCUGGAUUAAUUGGCAGUCCUCCUGCCUGCAGACCAGAGUGUAUUGUCAACUCAGAUUGUGGUCGAAAUGAGGCUUGUAGCAAUCAGAAAUGUCGUAAUCCAUGCCCUGGUGCAUGUGGCAUUGGGGCUCGAUGUGAAGUCGUCAAUCAUAAUCCUAUUUGUAGUUGUCCGCCAAGAUAUUCAGGAGAUCCAUUUGUUCGAUGUCAACCAAUACCGGAGUCCCCGCCAGUUCAAGCAGCUCCUCAAAAUCCUUGUGUACCGUCUCCUUGUGGACCAAACGCUCAGUGUCAAGCACAUGGUGACUCUCCCUCAUGUUCAUGUUUACCAGACUUUAUCGGAGUCCCUCCAAAUUGUCGACCAGAAUGUGUCAGUAACAGUGAGUGUCCAAGUCACCAAGCUUGUAUCAACCAAAAAUGUCGUGACCCUUGCCCAGGACUUUGCGGUGCCAAUGCUCAAUGCCAUGUCGUCAGUCAUACACCUCGGUGUGUUUGUACACCUGGUUAUGUCGGCGAUCCAUUUGUUCAAUGCUUAAUUCAACAAUCUGAGCCUAUCCAUGAAGUGAUCACUCCAUGCACACCAUCUCCUUGUGGAGCAAACGCUAUUUGUAAGGAACAUCACAAUGCUGGCUCAUGCACCUGCCUACCUGAAUACAUUGGUAACCCCUAUGAAGGGUGCCGUCCUGAAUGCGUUCUCAACACUGAUUGCCCUUCAAACAAAGCCUGUAUUCGUAACAAAUGUCAAGACCCAUGCCCUGGUACCUGUGGACCAAACGCUGACUGUCAAGUUAUCAACCACCUUCCAAACUGUGUCUGUCGACCUGGCUAUACUGGAGAUCCGUUCAGAUAUUGCAACAUCAUUCCUCCUCCUCCUCCACAAGCUGAGCCUCUGCCAACAAAUCCAUGCAUUCCAUCUCCUUGUGGUCCAAACAGUCAGUGUCGUGAAAUCAACGGUCAAGCAGUCUGUUCAUGCAGACCAACUUAUGUGGGCAGCCCUCCAUCCUGCCGGCCGGAGUGCACUGUCAGCUCAGAGUGUCCAUUGAACAAAGCCUGUAUCAAUCAAAAAUGCUCAGACCCUUGCCCAGGCACCUGUGGUCAAAAUGCCAACUGUCAAGUAAUUAACCACAGCCCAAUUUGCAGUUGUCGCCCAUCAUACACUGGAGAUCCUUUUGUACGCUGUUAUCCAAUACCUCCACCUCAACAAGCCCCGGUGGAUGUCACACCAGUGAAUCCCUGCAUUCCAUCACCUUGUGGACCGUACUCUCAGUGCAAAAACAUUGGAGAUAGUCCAUCCUGCUCUUGUAGACCAGAAUACACUGGAACUCCACCAAAUUGUCGCCCUGAAUGCUCAAUCAACUCCGAAUGUCCAAGCAACAAAGCUUGUAUCAAUGAAAAGUGUCAGGACCCUUGCCCUGGCUCCUGCGGUAUUUCAGCACUCUGCAAUGUUGUAUACCAUACACCAGCAUGCACUUGCCCUGAAGGAUAUACUGGAGAUCCAUUUACAAACUGUUAUCCCAAACCUCCUCCUCCCACUGAACCACCACAGGCAUCUGACCCUUGCAGUCCAUCACCAUGUGGGCCAAACGCUCAAUGCAGGGAUGGUUUAUGCUCCUGCCUCCCAGAGUACCAAGGCGAUCCGUACACAGGUUGCCGUCCCGAGUGUGUUCUCAAUAAUGACUGCCCCAGAGACAAAGCUUGUAUCCGCAACAAAUGUAAAGAUCCUUGCCCAGGCACCUGUGGUCAGGGCGCUGUCUGUGAUGUUAUUAAUCACAUUCCAGUGUGCAGUUGUCCUGCAGGAAUGUCAGGAAAUCCUUUCGUCUCCUGCAGACCUCAGCAAGCUCCUGUAAUCACUCAACCUUGCAACCCAUCACCUUGUGGUCCUCACAGUAUUUGUCGAGAAGUGAACAGUCAGGCUGUAUGUUCUUGUGUCCCUGGUUACAUCGGCAGUCCUCCUGCCUGUCGGCCAGAAUGUAUUGUAAAUUCAGACUGCGGUCGCCUUGAAGCAUGCAGCAAUCAAAAGUGUCGAAACCCAUGUCUGGGCACUUGUGGAAUCGGAGCGCGUUGUGAAGUUGUUAACCACAACCCAAUAUGCAGUUGUCCUCCUCAGUAUAGUGGAGAUCCAUUCAUUAGAUGUCUAUCAAUACCGCCAACUCCAGUACAGCAAGCCCCUCAAAACCCAUGUGUUCCUUCACCAUGUGGUCCAAAUGCACAGUGUCAAGCUCAUGGAGAGUCCCCAUCUUGUUCAUGCCUUCCAGAUUUUGUAGGAAUUCCGCCAAACUGCCGACCCGAAUGCAUCAGUAACAGUGAAUGUCCAAGCCACCAAGCUUGUAUCAACCAGAAAUGCAAAGAUCCAUGCCCAGGGCUCUGUGGCUCAAAUGCAGAGUGUCAUGUUGUCAGCCAUGCGCCAAGGUGUACAUGCCUGCCUGGUUACGUCGGAGACCCCUUCAGUAGUUGUAUCAUCAAACAAUCUGAGCCAGUCCAAGAACAUCUUUCACCUUGUCACCCGUCUCCUUGUGGUGCCAAUGCAAUCUGUCGGGAACAGAACGGAGCUGGGUCUUGCACAUGUAUCGCAGAUUAUAUCGGAAAUCCUUACGAGGGCUGUAACCCAGAAUGUAUCUUGAACACAGACUGUGCACCAAACAAAGCCUGUAUCAUCAACAAAUGUCGAGAUCCUUGUCCUGGUACAUGCGGACCCAAUGCCGACUGUCAAGUGGUCAACCAUUUGCCUCUGUGCACCUGCAGACCUGGUUACACUGGCGAUCCGUUCAGAUAUUGUAACAUACUGCCACCACCUUCACCACCCAUAGAAAAUGAGCCUAUCAACCCAUGUUACCCCUCACCUUGUGGACCAAACAGUCAGUGUCGUGAAAUCAAUGGUCAAGCUGUCUGCUCUUGUUUGCCCGAAUUCAUUGGCUCUCCACCAGGUUGCCGUCCAGAGUGUACCGUCAGCUCAGAAUGCUCUCACAGCGAAGCUUGCAUGAACCAAAAGUGCAAAAAUCCUUGCGAGGGCACAUGCGGGUUGUAUGCCGAAUGCCACGUCAUUAAUCACAGUCCUAUAUGCAGCUGCAAACCUUCCUAUACUGGAGAUCCAUUCAUCAGAUGUUCUCCUAUUCCUCCUCAACCCACUCCACCUGCUGAUACAAUUGUUGUCAAUCCAUGUGUACCCUCUCCUUGCGGACCGUAUUCGCAGUGCCGAGACAUCAAUGGAGUGCCGUCAUGUUCAUGUCUACCCGAAUAUAUAGGCACACCACCAUCAUGCAGACCAGAGUGCGUUGUCAGCUCUGAUUGUAUCAGCACGAAAGCAUGCAUCCGAGAAAAAUGUCGCGACCCCUGUCCAGGCUCUUGUGGUGCAGGUGCUCUAUGUAAUGUCAUCAACCAUGUUCCAUCUUGCACUUGCCCUGAGGGAUACACAGGAGAUCCAUUCACAAGUUGUUAUCCAAAACCACCACCUCCUGUGGAUGCACCAAUUCCUACUGAUCCUUGCAACCCUUCACCAUGUGGACCAAAUGCUCAAUGUAACAAUGGUAUUUGCACAUGUCUCCCCGAAUAUCAGGGCGACCCGUAUCACGGCUGUCGACCAGAAUGCAUCCUUAACAAUGACUGCCCUAGGGACAAAGCUUGCAUUCGGAACAAAUGUAAGGACCCUUGUCCUGGAACUUGUGGUCAAGACGCACUGUGUAAUGUCUUCAAUCAUAUUCCCAUCUGCAGUUGUCCCCCUGGAAUGUCAGGGAAUCCAUUCGUUCAAUGUCGGCCACAGCAAGCUCCGAUUUCAGUGCAGCCUUGCAACCCAUCUCCCUGCGGCCCUCACAGCAUAUGUCGUGAAGUCAACGACCAAGCAGUCUGCUCAUGUGUGAUUGGUUUUAUCGGCAGCCCACCGUCCUGUCGCCCAGAAUGUAUUGUCAAUUCAGACUGUGGUCGCAAUGAAGCUUGCAGCAAUCAAAAAUGUCGAAACCCAUGUCCAGGGGCCUGUGGAGUUGGCGCCAAAUGUGAAGUUGUUAACCACAAUCCCAUUUGUAGUUGUCCUCCACAAUACUCCGGAGAUCCAUUCAUUCGGUGCUAUCCUGCCCCACCACCCCCACCUGUCCAACAAACUCCAGUGAAUCCUUGCGUACCUUCCCCUUGCGGUCCGAAUGCUCAGUGCCAACCUCACGGAGAUUCACCCUCCUGCUCAUGUCUCCCAGACUACAUCGGAGCUCCGCCUAACUGUAGACCAGAAUGUAUCAGCAACAGUGAGUGUCCCAGCCACCAAGCCUGCAUCAACCAGAAAUGCAAAGAUCCUUGUCCCGGACUUUGUGGUGCCAAUGCGGAGUGCAGGGUCAUCAGUCAUACACCAAGAUGCCUGUGUCUGGAAGGAUUUGUUGGAAAUCCUUUCGUUCAAUGCACAAUUAAAGAAGCUGAGCCUAUACAUGAAGUGAUCACUCCAUGCACACCAUCUCCGUGUGGAGCAAAUGCUAUUUGCAAGGAACAUCACAAUGCUGGCUCAUGUACUUGUCUACCUGAAUACAUCGGUAACCCAUACGAGGGCUGUCGACCAGAGUGUGUCAUCAAUACAGAUUGUCCAUCAAAUAAAGCCUGCAUUCGGAACAAGUGCCAAGACCCCUGCCCUGGUACAUGUGGUGCAAAUGCCGACUGUCAAGUUGUCAACCAUUUGCCCUCUUGCACUUGCUUACCAGGAUACACAGGAGAUCCAUUCAAAUAUUGCUCUGUCUACACUCCACCAACUCCACCUGUUGUUCACGAUGUACCAGCUUGCAUACCCUCUCCUUGUGGACCAAACAGUCAAUGUCGUGAAGUAAAUAGCCAAGCAGUAUGUUCUUGUCUACCCACAUACCUUGGCAAUCCACCAGCUUGCAGACCAGAAUGCACUGUCAGUGCUGAAUGUCCUCACAACGAAGCAUGCAUGAAUCAGAAAUGUGUAGAUCCUUGUGUUGGAACCUGUGGAAUCAACGCUGUUUGCAUUGUCAUCAAUCACAGUCCAAUUUGUAGCUGUAAACCUGGACAUUCUGGAGAUCCAUUCCUCAGAUGCAAUCCUAUUCCUCCUCCGCCUCCUGUGCAGCAAGAACCGUACCGAGAUCCUUGCGUACCAUCACCAUGUGGUCCAUUCUCUCAGUGCAGAGAUGUUGGCGGAACUGCGCAAUGUUCUUGCUUACCUCGUUAUUAUGGAAGUCCUCCCCAAUGUCACCCAGAAUGCACAAUCAAUGCCGAUUGCAGUCCUCUCUUGGCUUGCAUCAACGAAAGGUGCAUUGAUCCAUGCCCUGGAUCUUGUGGAAUUAACGCUCAGUGCAAGGUUGUCAACCAUGUGCCCAAUUGCUUCUGUCCGGAUAGAUACACAGGCGACCCAUUCACCAAUUGUUACCCUAAACCUGCUGACGCGCCUAUCCCUGAACCAGCGAAAGACCCAUGCUAUCCAUCACCAUGUGGUCCAAAUGCUAACUGUCGAGACGGUAUCUGCACUUGUAUACCUGAGUAUCAAGGUGACCCAUACAUCGGCUGUCGACCGGAGUGUGUGCUCAAUGAUGACUGUCCCAAGGAUCAAGCAUGUAUUCGUCAGAAAUGCAAAAAUCCUUGCCCCGGCACAUGUGGUGUUCAAGCGAUCUGUGAUGUUGUCAAUCACAUCCCGAUUUGCAGCUGUCCCACUGGCAUGUCUGGCAAUCCGUUUGUUCAAUGUUCACCUCAAGCUGCUCCUGUGGAAGAGCAUCCUUGCCAGCCCUCACCUUGUGGUCCGUACAGUCAUUGUCGUCAAGUGAACAAUCAAGCCGUCUGUUCUUGUCUGCCUAACUACAUUGGUGCUCCACCUACCUGCCGACCUGAAUGCACUGUUAACUCGGACUGUCGCCCCAGUGAGGCAUGUGUGAAUCAACACUGCAUUAAUCCUUGCCCUGGAACAUGUGGCCUGAACGCUCUGUGUAAUGUUAUUAAUCACAAUCCUGUUUGUAGCUGCCCUCCGCAGCUGACGGGAGAUCCAUUCACAAGAUGUUUCAGUCAGCCUCCACCCCCACCUAUCCCUCAGGCUGAGCCAGUCAAUCCAUGUGUUCCAAAUCCUUGUGGACCAAACUCAGCUUGCAUCGUGUCGCCAUCAAACACUCCUUCCUGUUCAUGUCUGGAAUUUUAUCAAGGGGCACCGCCUCAUUGCCGUCCAGAGUGCGUCUCAAACAGCGACUGUCCAUCUACGCAAGCGUGCAUCAACCAGAAGUGUCGUGACCCUUGUCCAGGAUCUUGUGGCCUGUACGCUGAAUGUCAAGUCGUUGCACACAUUCCGAACUGUAUUUGCCAGAACGGAUACGUAGGCGAUCCGUUCACUGUUUGUACUUUGAAACCAUCAUCGCCCCCACCUACAGCAGCUGCGCCAACUGAUCCUUGCUAUCCAUCUCCAUGUGGGCCAAAUGCACGCUGUAGAAGUGAACAGGGCUAUGCUGUCUGUGAGUGUAUCCCAGAAUAUCAGGGUAAUCCUUAUGAAGGUUGCCGACCUGAAUGUCUUGUCAGCUCUGAUUGCCCAAUGAGUCUGGCAUGUAUUCGCAACAAAUGUCGUGACCCUUGUCCUGGAACGUGCGGUAUCUCUGCCAUUUGUACGGUAUCGAAUCAUAUCCCUAUCUGCUCCUGCCCACCAGGUACCACCGGUGAUGCUUUCAGACUUUGCAGACCUAUCCCACAAGCAGAACCUGUUCCAGUCAAUCCUUGCCAUCCAUCUCCAUGCGGACCGAACACAAUUUGCCGAGUUGUCAACAACUUGGCCAUUUGUGAAUGCCUACCUGAAUUUUAUGGAUCUCCCAGUGACAGUGGAUGUCGCCCAGAGUGCGUCAUCAGUGCGGAUUGUCCAAGGAACAAAGCCUGCGUCAACAACAAAUGCCGUGAUCCGUGUCCAGGCGUCUGUGGUUUCAAUGCCCUCUGCAAUGUCAUUAACCACAGUCCUGUUUGCUCUUGUCCAACAAUUAUGGUUGGAGAUCCAUUCGUUGAAUGCCACAAUGCUCCUGCUGAGCCCAUUGAUCCAUGCCAUCCAUCACCAUGCCGACAAAACGGAAUCUGCCACAGCGUAAAUGGUGCCGCAACAUGCGUUUACCCAGAAUGUGUCAUCAAUCAAGACUGUCCUCGUGAUAAAGCUUGCUUCAAUCAGAAAUGCUCUGACCCAUGUGUUGGUCAGUGUGGAUUGAACGCUAUUUGCCGCACCGUAAACCAUCAACCUGUGUGCUCGUGUCCACCAGGAUUCAUCGGCGAGCCCCUCGUGCAGUGUAGACCCAGGCCACUUGAGGAACCAAAACCGGAAUGCGUCGCAGAUUCUGAAUGUCCAAACGACAAAGCCUGCAUCAAUCAAAUGUGUAGGAACCCAUGCACUGCCGGUGUUUGUGCAUUUAACGCUGAAUGUCAUGUCCAAUACCAUCGACCAAUCUGUGCAUGCAGACCUGGACUGACAGGAGAUGCCAGAACUCAGUGUUAUGAAAUUGGCUGUCGCUCUGAUUCGGAGUGUGCUCCAACAGAGGCCUGUAUAAACCGUGAGUGUAUAAAUCCCUGCUCAUUUACUCGCUGCGGUGAAAACGCUGAGUGUCGCCCAGACAACUAUCACAGAGCUCGUUGUUACUGCCCACCAUCUUUCCGGGGAGACGCACUUGUGCAGUGCGUUCGUCCUCAAUGCACCUCUGACAGUGAGUGUCCUCAGCAUCUGGCCUGUAAAAACGAGCGUUGCGUUGAUCCUUGCAACUGUGGGCCACACGCUCUCUGUACCGUUUUCGGUCAUAUACCAACUUGUAAAUGUCCACCUGGCUACACUGGGAACCCCCAUGAAUCCUGCUCAAUUGUUCCUAUCCAAGCUGAUACUGGUUGUAAACAAGACGCUGAUUGUGCCAGCAAGCUUGCUUGUUUCUCAGGCAACUGCCGCAAUCCUUGUCUCGAAACUCGACCUUGUGGUGUCAAUGCAGAGUGUACAGUAAUUGAUACUUUACCGCUCCGCACUAUGUCCUGCGAGUGUCUUCCUGGAUUUGUUGGUGAUGCAGAUGUCCAGUGUAAACCAGCUCCUGCCCAGAUUGAACCAGGGUGUAGGAGUGAUUCUGAAUGUCAGUUCUCAGAAGUUUGCAUCAACAGGCUGUGUGUCAAUCCUUGCGCUGUAUCUAGUCCUUGUGCACCAUCUGCAGAGUGCGUUGCUGAAAAUCAUCGCACAUUAUGUAGAUGUCCACCUGGCCUUGUUGGUGAUCCAUUUAUCAACUGCUACAAAAUACCUGAAGCCUCGCCAGAAUGUAUUGCAGACUCUGAAUGUCCACCCACUGCCGCUUGUAUCAAUCAGCGCUGCCAAAACCCUUGCACCGUCAGUAAUCCCUGUGGUCCUGGGGCAGAAUGUCUUGUGUCACAUCAUAGACCUCUCUGUGAUUGUCCAAGUGGCUGGGCUGGUAACCCACAAGUCAGCUGUUAUAAACCCGAGUGUAAACAUGAUAGCGACUGCCAAUACGACAAAGCCUGCAUGAACAGCAACUGCGUGAACCCCUGUUUGCAGACCUCUUGCGGUAGGGGAGCAGAAUGUCAUGUGCAAGGUCAUCACCCACAGUGUGUCUGUCCUCUCGGAACUCAAGGAAAUCCACUGUUGUCUUGCAUUGGUGUUAUUUGUCAAUACAACGAAGACUGCGCAGACCAUGAAGCUUGUGACCGUCUCAACCGAAAAUGUAGGCCGGUCUGUCAAGAUGACACUUGUGCUCCCAACGCCAUUUGUACAGCAGCACAUCAUCAACCCACAUGUUCUUGUCUGCCUGGUUCUGAAGGAAACCCAUACAUUGAAUGCAAACAUCCAAGACUUCCAGCUCCUAUCUGCAUACAAGACUCGGACUGUCCAUCUGGCUAUGGUUGUAUCAACCAGCGUUGUGAAAACCCUUGUCUAGCCUCCGAUGUUUGUGCCAAGGAGCAAAAGUGUAGGGUCCUUGAUACCCUGCCAUUAAGAUCAGUUGUUUGUGAGUGUCCUCCAGACUCAAUUGCAACCCCUGAUGGCCACUGCAGACCUAUUGUUGUUCUGCAAGAACCCCAAUGCCAUGUGUCUGGAGACUGCCGUGAUCAUGAAAUUUGUCUCAAAGGUGUUUGCACCGAUGUUUGUCGUGUUGAGCCUUGUGGUAUCAAUGCACAAUGCAUUGGGCGCAACCAUCAAGCCAUCUGUUCUUGUCCUGCAGGCUACAUUGGAAAUCCUCACAUUGAAUGUGCAACAAUACCACAAAUAACACCUCAGCCAGAAUGUUCAAGGGACGAUGAGUGCCCCAUAGGACUCGGCUGUAUAAAUCAGUGGUGUGUCAAUCCAUGUGCUCAUCAACCAUGUUCUCGUGACUCUUUCUGCCAUGUCGAAGGCCACAAACCAGUAUGCCGUUGCCCACCUGGUUACACUGGAAACCCACUAAUCGAAUGUAGACCUCCUGCAGAUGCUAUAACUGUUGGCUGUACCUCUAAUUCCGAGUGCUCACCUCAAGAGUCCUGUAUCAAUCGGCUUUGCGUUAGCCCUUGCAACUGCGGCCCCAACGCAGAGUGUAGAGUUAUCAAUCACUAUCCAAUUUGUUCAUGUCUGCCUGGAUAUUCUGGAAAUCCUCAAAUCGGAUGUGUCAAAGUUGGAUGUGAAUCAGACGAUCAGUGCCCAUCUCAUCUCCAGUGCUACAACAGUCAAUGCGUCAACCCUUGCAUCUUGGGUGAUGCCUGUGCCACCAACGCCGAAUGCUACGGAGAAAAUCAUCGGGCAGCCUGUCGCUGUCUUCCAGGCUUCAACGGAAAUCCUCUUAUCCAUUGUGAGCGUGUGGAAUGCUAUGUUGAUACGGACUGUCCAUCUGACAGAGCAUGCCACAAUCAGCACUGUGUGAAUCCAUGUGUCAACUCACCAUGUGCAUCCAACGCCAUCUGCUAUGUACGGAACCACAAUGUUGCAUGCCGCUGUCCAGAAAAUAUUCCGCUCGGAAACCCUCUCGCAUAUUGUGAGCGAACACCCGUGACCCAAGCACAACCUGAACCUGAGUGUAGAAUCGACGCUGACUGCCCAAGUAGACUGGCUUGUAUCAAUGAGAAGUGUGUCGAACCUUGUCAUGAACUAGGUCCUUGCUCUCAUACUGCAAAAUGCAAUGUUUUUGACAGUAUACCUGUCAGGACAAUGACUUGCACUUGUGCAGAUGGCUGGGUUCCCAAUGACGAAGGGGAAUGUAAACCAGUUGUUGUACCAAGUCCUCCCGGCUGCUCGUCUAACAGCGAAUGUGCCAACAAUGAAACUUGCAUCAACAGGCUCUGUCGCAACCCUUGUGAUUGUGGUAUUAAUGCCAACUGCUUUGUGCGUGACCAUUUCCCUGUUUGUUCUUGUCAAGAAGGCUAUGAAGGAAAUCCAAACAUUGCUUGUAGACCAGUCGGUUGUCGAAGUGACUCAGAAUGUGAAGGUGAUAAGGCGUGUAUCAACAGUAACUGCGUUAGUCCAUGUCUCCUGGAUAACCCGUGUGGGUAUGGAGCAGAAUGUUACGUUCUGGGUCACCAUGCUGAAUGCCGCUGUGUACCUGGCUACCGAGGCGAUCCAUAUGACCGUUGUCGUCCAAUCGGCUGUCAGACAAGUAACGAUUGCCCUGAAAGUAAAGCCUGUAUAAACGCUCAAUGUAUCAAUCCUUGUACAUACGAACAUCCAUGUGCCCCGAACGCUGAAUGUAAGGUGAGCAAUCAUCUGGCGUUGUGCAGAUGCCCACCUGGAGAGCUAGGAAAUCCAUAUGUUGAGUGUCGACCCGAGCCACAACCAGAAUGCAGAGAAGACUCUGAUUGUCCAUCCACAUUGGCCUGCUUCAAUGAAAUUUGCCGCAAUCCAUGUACAACCUUAGAACCUUGCUCUGCACCUGCCGAAUGUAACGUUGUUCCAAGUUUGCCUGUGAGGACUAUGGUUUGCGUUUGUCCCAGCGGCUACGCUAGUAGCGGAAGUGGCACAUGCAAAGCCACCCCUCCAAUCGUACCCAUAGGAUGUGUUUCAGACUCAGAAUGUCCAUCCAACAAGGCUUGCAUCAAUGCAAUUUGUGCAAGUCCUUGUGAUUGUGCUGCGUUCGCAGAUUGUAUCGUCGAAGACCACAAGUCUGUUUGUUCAUGUCCUCCAGGCUACACCGGAAACCCUCAAAUUGAGUGUGUGAAAGCUGAAUGUCCACCUGGCAAGGGUUACAUCCGCACAGAAUCAGGAGAAUGUAUCUGUCCCCCUGGUUAUGCUUUCAAUGUCAACGACGAAUGUCAGCCAUGUUUCCCAGAGCAAGGAUUAAAAGUGGACGAACGCGGGCGCUGUGUUUGUGCAGUAGAGAAAGGCUUCAUAAUCAAUGAAAAAGGUGAAUGCACCUGCCCUGUAGAGUUUGGAUACCGCAGGGAUAUCAACGGAAACUGUGUACCAGUCCCUGAAUGUGAGGUAGACGACCAAUGUGCUGAUGUCAAAUAUUGUGAACUCAAAACCCAUACCUGUCAAGAUGUUUGCAUAACUGCUCAGUGUGGUAUCAAUGCUUUCUGUAAUGCCUCUGAUCACAAGGCGCAUUGCGAGUGCAUUGCAGGCUACUCUGGAGACGCUUAUGUUGAAUGCCAUCCGAAUGUACCAAAUAUCACUGCUGAUUUCCCGCGGCCAGACAUUGUGGUCAGUUGUUUGGCAGAUGGUGUCUCAGUAGAAAUUCACAUCACAGAAUCUGGAUUCAAUGGACUCCUCUAUGUUAAAGGUCACAGCAAAGAUGAGAACUGUAGACGGUCAGUGAAUGUGCCGCAGGAAUAUGCCACCACAAGAACUGAGUUAUUCAAAGUCCAAUUCGGAACUUGUGGCUUAAUUCAUAUCAACGGAGAAGCAGAGUUUACUUUGGUCAUUCAGAAACAUCCAAAACUAAUGACUUACAAAGCCCAGGCUUACAGAAUAAGAUGUGUCUACUCUCCACCGGAAGUUAAUAUCACAGUCGGAUUCAACGUUUCCAUGUUGACAACUGCUGGCACAAUCGCAAACACUGGACCUCCACCAACCUGUGUGAUGAAAAUUGUCACCCGCACAGGUCAAGAAAUCAACUCGGCAGAAAUCGGAGAAAAUCUGAUGCUGCAAGUUGAUGUUCAACCCUCAAGUAUUUAUGGUGGAUUUGCCCGCAGUUGUAUUGCAAAAACUCUGGAAGACAAUGUAGAAAAUGAGUAUUAUGUCACCGAUGAAAACGGUUGUGCAACAGACCCGACUAUCUUUGGAGAGUGGACGCAUAACGCAGACACGCAAUCACUUCUGGCAACCUUCAAUGCUUUUAAGUUCCCGAGUAGUGACAAUAUAAAAUUCCAAUGUAAUAUCCGUGUCUGUUUUGGUAAAUGCCAACCUGUAAACUGUCGUGGUUAUGAUGCGUUCGGCAGGCGUAGACGUAGGGAUGUUGAGAGUGUCAAGACGAACUCCAGUUCAGAUCUGUUUGGACAACUGAGGGAAGAAAUAAUUAUCCAAUCCAAUGUUAUCAGAACAAGGGAGCACACAGCAGGAGAAAGAUUGGUUGCUCCGCGUGAUCCUGAGGCCCAGCGAGGCUCGGAUGAUGUUUGCAUAUCUUGGCUUGGUCUGGUCAUAGCCUUGAUUUUGACUGUGUUGCUUUCACUUGUUGCUGUUGCCAUUGCCGUAUCAUGUUGGUUGCUUGCUUACCGUAGGCGACCAACCAUGGCAGGGCCUUUACCUCAUCCACCUGAAUUCCCAAAUCCUCUGUUCACAACGCCUGAGCCUGUUGCUGAACCAUCCCCCGACUAUCAUCACUCGUGAUGUUUAGAUCAUGACUAACUAGAAUUUCAACCCUAAUUGACUGAACUUACUCCUAAUUAAGCUUUGUCAAAACCCUCUUAGAGGUUCUACCUUAAAGUCAACGUUGAAUGAACUAAGUCUACUGUCCAUAUUAUGUCUGUGAUAAACUAUAUAACAUUAUUUUUAGUUAGUGAAGCUGUUGUAUUUAGGUUAGUUAUUUUUUUACUCUAGAAUAAUUUAAAAGCAUCUGAUCAAAAUGAGUUGUUCUGAGUAAAAUUUGCCCCUUGCUCUAAGAACUUGUGCUAUCAAGCAAAUUCAUCUCUAAGUAUUUCUUUUGCAGAUCUUGACUUUUUUAUGGAGCUGUUUUCCAUUGCACAAAAUGCCAGAGACUAAAUACAACAGUUAGUAAAAAUCAAGCAAAAAUGAGUGUCACGAAGCAAAAGUUAUCUGUUUGCAAAGGGAGUGUUGGAAAAUUUGUAUUUCAAUGUAGCUUUGCUUUAUUGAAUCAUAUAUUUCAGAAGCUCCAUCGUAGAUGGAUCACAUUUGCUUUGUAACACCUGAAUGAUUGAUUCCUAACUUAUGAGUUGAAAAUUAUUCAAGCCUUUAAUUUGUCCCUCAAUUGUAAGCUAGAUGUUAAGGAAAUAAUUAAGUCAUUAAGUAGUUUCCCCAUUAUCAGAAUGGAAAAACUCAGGAAAGCCAUAUGAGGACAAAAGCAGAAAAAAUGAGAACACAAGUAUUCUGUAUUUUUUUUUUUUUUUUUUUUUUUUUCUUUCUUUUUUUUUUCAAAAAAAUGAACGUGCAAUAAUCUCUUGUGUUCGCAUUUUUAGCUGUUUCUCUAUGUAGUUGAGAGUCUGAUUUUUCAAUCAAAGAAUGACUGUCAAGAUCAAAAUAAUAAAAUGCAAAAAACUAACUCAACUAAAUUUAAUCAUUAACUUAGAUUAGGCAAAUUUACUCCAAAAAAAUUUAAAAACCAUCUAAAAUAAUUGUGAGAUUAAUUUAAAGCAAUGACUUAAAGUUAGUUUUAUUUUUGCUUAUUCGUACCUAGUUAAUUUCACCCAGUGCAAUAUUGUAGUUAGAUCUUCUCUGGUACAGUGGAGAUCAACGAAAACUACUUCUUUCAUUAAUAAUAAGAUUAAAAAUCAAAGUUUCCAAAAAUAUGUUAGAACUAAUAGUAUUUUUUUAUUUUUCUGUAAAAAUAUUGUAAAUAGUGUUGAUAGAAUCUGUUAUUUUCAGUAUGAAUGAGUGAGAUUUAAUGCAUACUUCAAGAGUGUUGUCUGUUUGGAUGUAGGUAUGUUUUUUUCACCCUUAAACUGCCAAGAAGUUGUAUAAUUAUAACGUCAACAGAUUGUUCGGAAUUCUGGAACAGAAAUGUGAAAAAAAGAAAACGUGAGUAUGAAUAAUAUUAAUGGGAAAAAAUCAAUCUAUUGAGCUGUAAAUAAUGUUACAAAGUCUAAUAUUUGUUUGUUAAUCUUUACAAUUGUAAUUGGAACUCUUGAACGUGAUAACCUUAUGAAGCUUAAGUAUGUAAAAAAGUAUACCUAUUAAUUGAUUUGUUUGUGAUCUGUAGCAAGCUAUUGUAAAUUAAAUGAGUCAUUGAUAGAUUUUAAAGUAUCAUUUACCAGUAUGUUGAAAAUGAAUACUACUUUUUUUUCAAUAUUCUCUACUACCAGUCAAGUUUUAAAUUGGCUCGCUUGAAAAAUUAGUCGAUUUAUAUCGUAGACAUCGAAUUUAAUAAUUAAUUGCUCAAUGAUCAAAUACUUUUGUUUGUGUAUUUCAUUGUUAAUAAGUGUAUUCCCUCAAUUCUUACAAGUACUACAAUUCUUGAGGUAUAUUGUGAAAUCUACAAAUACCUUGUAAAAUCAUAUUGGCUCUAGAAAUUUUAUACCUGGUAAAAGUAGUGAGACAUUAUUCAAAUCAUGCAGUCUACUCGUAUGGUGAGGUCCUUCACAAAUCUUCUACCUUCUCUCUUUUCUUUCUUUUCUCUCAUAUUUUACCAAUACAAUUGCUUCUUUCCUCCAGACUUUUGUUCUUUAAAACAUUCAUCAAAUCGAUGUCUUAAUUUUGUGCUUUCGAUGUUGAAAGAAUUUUCUGGCUCAAACCUGUUUUUUUUUCUCUUUCUUUCAUUCUGUCUGCUGCCUUUAUUCUCAACUGCCAUAUCAGUUCGUUUUAAGUUUUAUGAGUUUCUGUGAGUGCCGUUUUAAUUUUAAUUCCUUGUAUUAUAGUUGUACAGAUUCUUUUUGAUAGGGAGUUGCCAUUCUAUUUGACAGUUUGCUUGUCAAAGUUUUGUUUAAUAUAUAUGAUAAGGAAAACUAAAAUAGUCGUAACUUGGUAGUUCUCUCUUUUAGAGUUGCAGUCACGUUUUUAUGCAGCUUAAGCCAGAUUGUUGAAGCAUCUAUCUAUCUAUCUAUCAGUCCUGCAAUAAUUUUAAAAGCUUUGGAUAUCCUUUUUCUUCACAAUGUUCAUUGAACCCAAACCAUUCGAGGAACCACAUACACCAGGAAGACUGUGUCUAAAUAAAGUCAAACUACUUUUGCAUUCUAGUAAUUUUUUCAAAGGCUGAUGUAGGUACUAUUAAAACUUUUCUCCGCUUUGAACUGUCUUUAUCCCAUGUUUUACAAUGAAUUUCUUUCAAUUCAGGGGUGGUGGUGUUUCCCGGUUAGUUACAGUCUAUUUCUCUAUUUUCAUCAUAACCCAUGGGAAGGUUUUUUCCUACUAUUUUUCUCUCUUUCUUAGUCUCUGUUUUUUUUCGUGUGUCUACAAAGACAAAAAACUAAGAUGAAGCCCAGCUCAACAGUUAGUACUUUAACUUCUCUCUAUAUUCUUUUCUUCUUUUCUUUCAUGGUAGUGUAUCAUGUUAUUCAACUCGUACUUUGUCAUCCCUUUUUUCACUAAAAAAACUAAAUCUACCUCUCUCUCAUGAUCUUACCUUUCUAUGAUUUCCUAACUGAUUCUCUUUGCUUUAUUUCUCCAACCCGUAAGAAAUAAGUUGGAGAAGGUGAGCUUCUUCUAAUCAAAAAACCUCAGCCUUUGGAAGACUUACUUUCCAGUGUGUGGCUACAUGCACUGUGUAAAUAAUUUGUUUCCAUAAAAUUUAAAAUGUUGCCUUGUAUGUACAUUAAUUUUUUGUAUUCUUGAUUGUUAGAAUUUUUAAAAUAAUAACUGUGACUUAUUGUUUUUAAAACAAAGUAAUUGUACAUUUUAGUCAACAAAUUAAUUUAUUAAUUCUAUUUUUGUAGUACUUGUCAGUCAUUAUAGAUUCCAUUUGUGUCUAGCUUACUUUGUCCCGUCCAUUUUUUUUUAUCUUUUUUUAUUAUUAAUUUUUUGUUUUUGUUCAUAAUUUAUUAAAAUAAUUAAUUUUUGUAAUUGAUAACAAAUAAAGCACUGAUCCUCCUAUGAUAAA